AUGUCAUGGGUGCAUAGGCCUCCUGAGAAAGCAUUCAGUGGGGAAACAUUUGAUGUCACCUACUCAGUUUCUGCAUCCGAUGAGUUUUAUCAAUUUGCAGUCCGAAAUAGGAUCCUUUCUCAGAGGUAAACCAAAUGCAUUCCUAACUAUGUGAUUGUAUGUUCCAAAGGGCAUUAAGAUGCUUUCUUGAACACUCAUCUGUGUAUUCAAGCUUUUUUUUUUUCUUCAAAUGAUGGGUAAAAUCAAAGGCUUGACCAUUGCAACAGAUUACUAUUUUGCUUUUUUAACCCCUUAAGGACAAAACUUCUGGAAUAAAAGGGAAUCAUGACAUGUCACACAUGUCAUGUGUCUAAGGGGUUAAAGAAAAUCCUGACAAUCCUUGCUAAUUGGACAUUUUUUGGAGUUUAACAACUUAUAGGUUAUUCACAGUACCUGUGUCUCAUUAUUUAUUUUAGUUUAUAUAUAUAUAUAUAUAUAUAUAUAUAUAUAUAUACUUUAUAUAUUGUAGCAUGUACUCACCUCCCUCGAGCUGCGCAGCCCUCCUCCUGCCGCGCGGCCCGACCGCUGCAUAUAGAGUGUAGGUGUGAUGUCACGCCCAUUCUUAAAGUGACCAUGUCAUCAUUGCGAUCCCAAUCAAUUUUGAGCUGCAAUGAUAAACUGGAAAAAUAAGAAAACAGGUAGACCUACUUAAGGCUUGCUUUAGCCUCUAUUCUUUGCCCUAUCGUGGUUUCUUGUUAGAUCCUCAUUUAGUGCUCCUAGAGAUUCCCUUGUGAUUUCCUGUGUUUGACUUUGGUUUCGUAAUUGACUCAUGAUUUUCUAGUAUACUGACCCGGCUUCGUAUUUGACUCAUGAUUUUCUGGUAUCCUGACCCAGCUUUGUAUAUACUCUGUGUUUUUCUGUAUUCCUGACCUUGACUUAUUCUUGACCUUAUUUCUUGCUAUAUUCAUUGGUUAAGUCCAGCCAUUCAAAGGCUCGGUAAAAUUCGGAUCAAACUUUUGUGGGUUUCCUCUUUCCUGUGUGUUCUGGUACGACUCCAGUGAAAUAUAUAUACUUGAACAUUUUUGCUUCUCUAAGCAUGCAUUCCAUAAGUAAAACAAACAAAAUGAAUACUGAGUAGUUAGCAGACCUAUUGUAUUAAGAAAAUUAAAGGAAUAAUCUCUUUAUUUCUGUGAUUAAGUGAUGCUGCAUCAGCUAAAAGGUUUUGUGAGCUGCAGGAGUGUCCAUCCACCUGGAAGGAUGCAAAUGAAGAGAAUUGUUGUGUGCACCAUGCAAAUAUCCACUCCUGCCCACUGCCCUUCAUGGUAAGUCUGAUUUUCAGAAAGUUAUCAGAGUUUAGGGAUGAUCUUAUGUAUAUUUGGGGUCAUGUGUGCCUAUAGCUGAAAAAUUAUGCUUAUGUUUGCUCAUCCCCAUGUUUAAAGUGCAUCUGUCAUACUCCAAACAAUUUAUGCUUUCUAGAAUGAGCAUACAAUUUUAUAUAUAUACAUUGUGCUAGCAAAUGUAUAGAUUAGGAGAAAAAUCUAUUUAAAAAGAGUUUUUUUCUCCCAGCUAUCAAUUAAUAAGAGGCAUUGACUGACAAGAGGGAGCAGAAAACACCUCCCACAGGAGGUCCCUCUGCUCUUCACCAAUAGCAACACCAGCUUAUCCCCUUAAGUACACAACUUCUGGAAUAAAAGGGAAUCAAGACAGAAUAUUUCCGUCAUGUGUCCUUAAGGGGUUAUGCACUGUGGCUGCUAUGGCUACUCCCUAGUCAGCACUUCUAGCACCGCCUACGAUGUACAGGAACAGAGUAAUGUGACGUCACUCCAUUCAGAUCCCAGCGCACUGGCAACGAAGCGAGUGUGUCGACAUCACUGAUGAGCUUUGCCCUGCUUGGUGAUGCAUCCCAAACAGGGCAAAUCAAAGAAUACUUAAGGAAGAACUUAACUGGAGCAGAGGGUGGUCAUGAAGUUUAAUAACUUACAGCGCCACAAAGCGGCGCUGUAACGGAGGAAAAAUGAGUAAAUCUUUAUAUCUUACAUUGAAUACACCAUGUAUCUUUAUGAUAUAUGGUUUAUUCAAUGUAUAUGAUAGUGAUUACUGGUACGUAGCAGGUUCACUUUAAGAAAAUAUUUGUUUGAAAAAUAAAAAAUCUAGAAAUCCACACAGUUUAUCCUGCAACAAGAUACGUUCAAUUUAGCUAACUGUCAAUCAUUGUUAUAAGCUCUUUCUCUCUCACUUGGCGGUCAACAUAGUGAAAGCAUACAGAGAAGAGGAAAGAAUAAACAGUGUUUCUAUUUCUCCUCUUCAUCUGCAAUGUCUAAAUUGGAUUAUGAUGUCAUAUGUGAAAUCUGUAAUACAUAAAUUAAAAGAAAACAAGGCAACUACAAGAUUAACACAAGUUAUAGGUGAUUUCCAAUUAUUUAUUCAGUGGUAUAAAUUCAAGAGAAAUAACAGUUUCCAUUUAAAUCUUACAGAAAUCGUGGAAAAGUUAAAAAAUAAAUAUUAUACAAAGCUGACUGACUUGCAUGUGAUAAAACUUAUAUUGUUUUUAGUUUUCAUCAAGAAGUUGCUGCGCUAUAUUGUUUAUGAGCAAUAUCUAGCAAAAUGACCAUAUUAUGCUUUAAUCACUUGCUGUUUAAACAGCUCUUAUGUGUUAUGUUAAAGGGACACUAUAGUCACCAGUGCAGCUACAUGUAUUCCUGAUUCUAUAGUGUUAACACGACCAUCUAGUCCCCCUGGGCCCCCCAUGCCUCCAUAAAUAUAGUAAAAAUCUUACUGUAUUCAAGCCAGAAGCUGUAAAUCUGCAUGCUGUUAGACUCAGGAAAAACAAGCAGUCUGCUGACAUGUGAUAGCUUGAUCCAAUCACAGUGCUUCCCCAUAGGAUUGGCUGAGACUGACAAAGAGGCAGAUCGGGGCAGAGCCAGUAUGAUUCAAACACAGCCCUGGCCAAUCAGCAUCUCCUCAUAGAGAUGAAUUGAAUCAAUGAAUCUCUUUGAGGAAAGUUCAGUGUCUGCAUGCAGUGGGAGGAGAUACUGAAUCACAGGAUGCACAGCAGAUCAGAGUGGAUGGAGGCAUAUUAUGCCUCCAUCAACUCAGAAGUCCCUCUGGUUUACUCUGAGUGACUGCAACUGGAGGUGUUCCUAGCUUUCAAUGUAAACACUGUUUUUUUCUCAGAAAAUAGUUCUUACCUGAACAACCUCAUUAAGCUGAAGUUGUUCAAGUGACUAUAGUGUCCCUUUAACACAUGUAUGUGAUACAUUUAAAGCAAAUUAUAUAAUAAUAGCCUAUUUCUAAAAUAUUAUAUUUUUAUAUUAUUCCUAAAAAAAAAAAUUGGUACCUAUCAAAAAAAUAUCUUACAGGGUCAUUUUUUUUUUUUAAAAGUGAGCCUUCAAAGUGAAUUUAAAGUGAAUUUAAAAUUUCAGGUCAAAAUAGCCAAAAUGGAAAAAUUCUAUAAGGUCAGCUAUACCUUCUGUUCAGCUACUUUGAAUUCUCACUUUGGUUAAGAAAUGUCUUAAACAAUUCAAUUGGGCUUUUAUUUGAUUUAAACACUUUGUAGAAAGAUAAACAAGUCUAAACUGUUUUAAGUGUAAGUUGUUGGACACUUAGCACCUCUCCCAUGAUUCAUGUCAUUAUGCAGACUAGAUGGGGGUCACAACUCAUGCCCCAAACAAUACAGAGAAAUGUAAGCAAUAAACACAAACUGACAUAAGUCAAGUGUUUUAUUACACUAUUAAAAGUGGUGGGGGCAUUAAUGUUAUCUGGCAUUUAUCAACUUAUAUACGAUAUUAUUAAAUCAGAUGUUCUAAAUAUUUCAUGAGGUGUACUUAAUUUAUAGAUCAGGACUCUUGAGGAAAAAAAUGCGUUUUUAAAGUUGUUAAGCAAUGUUUAUUAAAGAAUAUAUCAUUACAUUAAAAUGUUUGGUGUUAAGAUUACAUUUGGAAAAGUCAGAAAGUUAUAUAAAAUUUAAAUACAAAUGUGUAAUCUAAUUAACUUAAAUCAUAGUGCAAUAACAAUAUUUUAAUGGGUUACUUGAUCGCUGAGAUACAAUCAUUUAUGUUUGUGCAAUGAAGAGUAAAGGAGGAAUAUGUGGCCCUUGGAUCCCAGAUGAUGGUCAGAUUUUCACUCACACCAUAUCUACUUCUGGGAAGAUGACCCAAGGGAACUGGAGUGCAAAGGUAAGUUUGGUCACUUUCUUGCUGAUUAACUUUAUAAACUCUUAUUGUUUGUCCCAAAUUUGUAGCUCCUUUGGAGACAGAGCAUCCCCUGAUGGUCUGGUGGUAGUGUAGAGGCUCUCAGCCUUCACCUCUGUCAGGGGUCUGGUUGGGAAGGGGUGCUGACCAGUACAGUAUCCUCUAUAGGGUGGAACCCAGAAUGCAAAAAAAAAAAAAUAUACACACAAAUCACACACAGGUAUUGAUAUUGACAAGGAAGAUAGUAAAAUAAAAUAAAAUGCGAGGACACAUGGAGACAGCCAGCUCAGGUACACAGGGAGACAGCCAGCUCACGAACACAAGGAGGCUGGGAAUAGAGAGAGAUCUCAAGCUGGGUGCAGCAGCCUGCAAUAGCACCACAGACAGGUAGUGGCACUGUGAGGUAUUGCACCAGACUAUGAAUAAACCGAAUUAUGACAACCUCCAGCAGGUUGUCCUCUCAUUCUUGUGACAUCCCGCUUUCAGAACACAUGGCAAUGCUCAAAUACUACAUGGUGAUGCAGCUCACAAGGAGAGCUUUCACCCAGCAGAGAUAAAGGCUGAACGCCUACACACUACAACUGGACCAUCACGAAAUGCUCAUCCACCACCAGGGCUGUCUUUAAUGUGGGGCAAACAAGGCAGUUACUCCAGGGGGGCCCAAAGCAGCUGCCCAGGAGGGGGCCCGACGGCUUGCUCCAUAUGCCGCCGGGUGAGAUGCAUCUGUAUUAAUUGUAUAUAUCUAUGUAUCUGCAAGUGUUUCAGUGUGUGUGUGUGUAUGUGUGUGUUUGUGACAGUGCGUGUGUAUAUGUGCAUACAUCUCAGCAUUCAAAUGCCAACACUACACACACAUAUACACACCUACAUUUAAACUUCAACACUACAUACAAACACACCUCUUUGUUAAACACCAAAAUUAUAAAUAAACACACCUGUAAACACACCUGUGCAAAAACCAACACUACACAUAAAUGCAUGCUUGCAUUCAAAUGCCAUCUCCACAUACACAUACACACCCCUACAUUCACACAAACAUACUCCAUACAAAAACACGCUUACAUUCAAACACACAAACACUGCUCAGUGCUAAAUACAACCCUGCACGCAUGGGAAAAUGGUAGAGCCCCAGCUGUCAAAGCAUUGUUGGAGUUGCACGACAGAUGAGGAUCUACCUUUUGCCCCCACAUGCCCAAAAUAAUUCAUGCACCAGAGCCCUCUCUACUUUACGUUCGCCUUUGCGUUGGGGUGGGGAGCUUGAUUGCAUGGCAGGGUUGGGUAGGGAGGGGACAGGGUCCAGGGGAACAUCUCUUACACACAUAGACUCCACUCCCUGUAUUGGGAAGUGGAGUCUAUGGAGUGCCUUGUGGGCACUCUUGGAGGUGGGCCUCAAGAGCCCAGGCCUUGAGCUAUGUAAACCAUCAUUUCUGAUAGCAACCCUGCAUGUUUGUGAUAUGAAUGGAAGUUGAUAUAAAUUGCAGAUCAGCAGUAGUAUUCCUUUUCUGGAGUAUUUAUUUUAGAUGUGUUGGUUCUGGUAUCUAAAGACUGUCCCUGCAGGCUCAGUGAUGUAAAUGCUGCAUUUUGUGAGUUUAUAUUGCUGCCUAGAGAGAUAGACACUAGAUGGACUUCCUGUGUUAGGUCCUACAAUCUUUGCAGGACUUAUGUUUAGCCUCUUUGUUGUCUUACCGCAUAUACACAUUAGCCUCCGAAUGCUUUCCUGUGUGAAAGCAUUGGAUUGAUUGAGAUCAUCAAGAUCAAUGAUCUCAGCAACAGAGGUACAAGAAAAAGUCUACAGCAGCUUUGUCUUCAUGUAAAGCUGAAUACAUGGCUUAAGCUGUCACUAUACAAGAACAUUUGUCCCUGAAACAAUUAUUUAGAGGAAUGGCCAAUUAAUAUCAAUAUGAACUAGUACAAGUGUUUGUAAACAAUAAGAGAGCAACAGCUAUUCCAAGGAAACCAUUUUGUCACAAAAAAUGUAAACAUACUGAUAUCAAAUACCACUUCAUCCUGCCCAACCAACAGGGCAACAGUAGAGAUCAAGAUCAAAAUUCAAGUCAGAAAAGGUCUUUAGUUAUUUGUUUGUAAUGUAAGUUCCUAAGAAAAACAAGUCUCUUGUGAAAAGCACAUGUGAGUGCAAGUCUGGGUGUUGAGAUGUAGUCCUAAGGUGCUUUCAGUAGUGUUCUUGAACACAGUACAAUAAAGUUGUUGUCCUGCCUCUUCCCUUUUUGCCCAUUGGCUUCCCAUUUGGCCCAUCUAGUCUGCCCAAUUUUCAAAAUACUUUUAUUAGUCCCUGGAAUUACCUUAUGUCUAGGAUAGCUUUAUGCCUAUCCCACGCAUGCUUAAACUCCCUCACUGUGUUAACCUCUACCACUUCAACUGGAAGGCUAUUCCAUGCGUCCACUACCCUCUCAGUAAAGUAAUACUUCCUGAUAUUAUUUUUAAACCUUUGCCCCUCUAAUUUAAGACUAUGUCCUCUUGUUGUGGUAGUAUAUCUUCUUUUAAAUAUAGUCUCCUCCUUUACUCUGAUGAUUCCCUUUAUGUAUUUAAAUGUUUCUAUCAUAUCCCCCGUCUCAUUUUUCCUCCAAGCUAUACAUGUUAAGAUCCUUUAACCUUUCCUUGUAAGUUUUAUCCCGCAAUCCAUGAACCAGUUUAGUAGCCCUUCAAUGAACUCUUUCCAAUUGAUCAAUAUCCUUCUGGAGAUACGGUCUGCAGUAAUGCGUACAAUACUCCAAGUUAGGUCUCACCAGUGUUCUGUACAAUGGCUUGAGCACUUCCUUCUUUCUACUGCUAAUACCGCUCCCUUUACAACCAAGCAUUCUGCUGGCAUUUCCUGCUGCUCUAUUACAUUGUCUGCGUACCUUUAAAUCACCUGAAAUAACUACUCCUAAAUCCAUUUCCUCAGAUGAUAAGGUUAGUACUGUAUCAAAUAUUAUCUUGCACUUAUCCACAUUAAAUGUCAGAUGCCACAACUCUGGCCAUUUUUCUAGUUUACCUAAAAAAUUUGUCAUUUGGCUUAUCCCUCCUGAACAAUGUUCAUUACAAUCAAAAUAAAAAAAAAAAAUAAGGGUAAUAAAAAUAAAAUAAAAAAUGAACUAACAAUGGAAGGUUAAAAAUAAAGUUUAAGAAAAAGAAAGCUGGAGCAUCCAAUAGAACCAGACCAAAAAGUACAGAUCCAACCUUUUAGAAAAAAACAAAAUGUCAGGGGAUCUAAAGGGAAAAGUAAAAGCAUCUUAAAAUACCCAGAUUCCAUUAUUUUUUCAUAUACAUAAUACAUUUGAUAUGUUUGUUGCAAUUGUAUUUAUUGGCUGAGUUUUCAUUAAACGAUGGUAGGUUUUUCAUAUAUUAAUUUUUGUGUGUCUGGUUCAUCAAAAUGAAUAAUUGAGACAAUAUUAAGGUAAAUUAUCUAAAACACCUUUGAAUACAUUUGCAUUCACAUUUUGCAAUCAAUUUAUUUUUCUUUUAAUUUAUUUAUUUUUACCAACAUUGUAAUUUGGAGAGUGUACUGUAUGGCUAAACAGGAAUGCAAAACUAUAUGUGAUCAUGAUUUUUUAUUUUUUUUAAUAUUUUGCAUGAUGUAGGUUUUAUCUAUAAGAUGCAAAAACUCUAGCAUGCCAUCUACAGCAAUUUUAGGUAAUGUACAGUAUUCUGUGUCCCAGAUACCUGUCAUUGGUUUAUAAUACAAAUUAAAAUGCAGCACACAGAAAUGCAAAGUAUUUAAAUAAUUCCCCCCCAAAAUAUUAAUAAGGUUAUAAUGUAAAAUUAUGUAAAAUCUAUUUUGCUUCCACUAAUUUGAGCAGUAUUUUUUCUAUGUAAUAAAAAUGCUGAUCCUGCAUGCAAGCACCUCAUAAAAAAAAUUGGGAGCACGCAUGCAUGUUAACUAAUUCUCCCAUUAAGAGCAAUGGUAGAUCUCAGACAUCUGCCAACAAUCACUAAAGGAGGAUCAGAUACCUGGGAAAACUGCAAAUGACAUACGUUCUUGUGUAAGUAUAUUUUUGAAGUGCACAUUCUAAUUUGUUUUGAAAAUAAAUGAAAUAAAAAAUGUGAUGCAUUUUUAGACACCAGUACUUUAUUAAGAUAAACUGAGAGGUUUUUUUUCACUCUUCUCAAAAAAAGUAAUUGCUAUAAAGAGCUUUGUACUCUUUUUUCCAUAUACUGUAUGUCUAUUGCAUCAUACGUCUAGCAUAUCCACCUAAGUGCUCCUUUUCUGGAUCACACAGUUUAUGCUUUCUUAUACUUUUCCUUUGAGGAAACCCAGAUUUUUUUUUUUUUAUGGUUUAAAACUGUAGGAAAACUACUGAUAGCCUAAAGUAAUCAUUUCUUUUGUAGCUGGAAAAGUUUCAUAGAAUGUUUCAAAGUUAGUGGGGUGGUAUUUAACCAGUCAUCUCCAAUUAAAGUGUUUAUUAUGCACCAAUCGUGUGGUUGACAAGAUGAUAUUUAUGUUAGUAUAUAAACUUAGUCUAUACAUCCUGCCAUCAAAAAAUCCAACAAAUGCAUGUAUUAAAAUGUAAACCUACCCCCAAAAAAUGUCUGCUUCCUGCAAAAUGGCAGCUGCUUUGAAAUCAAGGGCAUACACUACUGAUUAAUGUUUUAGUGUGGCAAGUUACAGUUACCAACAUCUGGUGGCAUUGAAGGCAUUAAGAAAUGUAUUUACUUGCACUUCACUGAAUUUAGAAGAGAUGAAGAAUACCCCACUUAAUUAGAAUGCAUACAUUUAUUUUUUUCACUAGGUUGUCUUAUUUCAUGUUGGUGUAACAUCAUUGAUUGCCCAUAUCCGAGUAGGCAAAAUGCAGGUGGCAUUGGAGGCAAAAACCUUGGUACUGCCAGUAGAAGGUAUAGUAUAGAAAGUACUCCUCUUUUAUUCUGUGCCCAAAACUAAAUAGAUCGGAUUCCUUUAAUUGGUAGAUAUAAAGGAGACAAUGACAUAUCCAUUUGUUUUCUCUUGUACAGCACAAAGACUGCCUUUCACCUUUCAGUGUCUAAAUAACAAGGUUGAAGGUAACAGGAUGAAGUUAGGAAUUCUCCCAGACUCCUAUCUAAUUCUAGAAUGGUGCUUAACUGGCAUAGUAAAUUAUGCUUCUAGUUUGUUAUAUUUUAGCUUGUCUGUUGUCUAUUGUCCUUGGUUGUGACAGAUGGGUCCAUGGAGAAGGAAAUGCUUCAUGGAGUGCUAAUUGGUGAGGUCUCAGUCAAUGUCAAUACAGCAUCCCAAAAAAAGCCAAAUAAUGGAAUAAUGACUUUACAUACCAACACUGUAUCUCAACAUUUCGGACUUAGAUCUGAUGUGAUUAGUCCACCGCUGUCCUUUCAAUAGUGAUACAUUAAUUAUUAACUGGCAUGCUAGGAUUCUUCUUUUAGACUCAUGUAAGAGAAGUAAUUCUCAUCAAGUGAGAAAGCUGUACCUCAUCCACAAAAAUAUAUCAUCAUAUUUAAGGUAUUCAGACAUAAAUCUUUAAAACACUCAUUGGCCUGUGGACAUUGUAGUCCAGCAUUAAGAAUAUAUUAUCGAAUAUAAUAGAAUUAUUGACCCAAGAUAAAACCCAAACAAGCGUAUCUACUAUCUAGUAACAAACAGCAACCCACACAACUGCACUAGGUAGAGAGUAGCUUUAUUUAAAGAAAAAAUAAGCAAAUAACCAGAUAAUACAGCUGAUUAUUGACACUAACUAAUUCCUUAUAUGUCCAGGCUCUCUGUCUGCAGUAUGAUCCUUCCUUCAUCUCUGUGUCUUCUCCGUCCUCCUAGCCCACGCAGUCUGAAAGGUGGGAGGAAGUGGCAGGUAGUCACUUCCCCUCGACAUUAAAUGAGCCUUUUGCACUGCUAAAGAGCCGCAGCACCUGAUCUGACCCCUUAUCACUUCUGCCUGCCUAUAGGAUUUGCACUAAGUAAAUUGGCUUCCUAAUGGACCCCCAAAGUCCUCAUCUUCUUAGCCAUGCCCUGUGUAUGACUUGAUUUGGACAUUAAGCCACACAACUGCUUUAGUAUUUUGCCAUAGCAAUGCAGUGCCCCCCCUCUAAGUCCCUCCCGAAAUGUGUACGUAGGGGAAACAAUCCUCUCAGCCCCAUCCCAGGUAGUUAUGCUACUGCAUACAAGGAUUGCUUAAUUCAAACACAGAACGCACAAAGGGCAGAAGCUCAUAACAUCCAAUGUAAUAAAUCCACAGUGUAGACAGAGGCAGCUCCUGGUGAAGUUAUCUAAACUGUAGCUUAUGUUUACAUAGCUUUUAUUCCAAAAAAAUAGGCAAAUCAGAAAAAGACAGCACAGCAAAAUCCACCUCAGUAGGACAAAAAUCAUCUAUGGAUAAUUCCUGUCCUACUGAGCAGGUAUGUGGUACAUUGUGCUUUGCUGAUGUGCCCAUUUCCAGACUUUAAUGCUUUUGAAUGUUGUGUUCAUUUUAAAUCACUUCACUUGGAGCAGCCUCUGUCUACACUGUGGAUUUAUUAUAGAGGCUUCUUUCCUUCAUACGCUCAGAGAAGUAAUACACACCAUCAAGCACCAAUAAAGUGGCAAGAGUUAAACAUAAAUUAAAACACAGAAGAUGGAGUCCCUGUAGUAUAUUAGAGUUCUCCAUACAACCAAGGGGUUUUAGCCCUUUAAUUUAAAUCACCGGAACAAAUAAAAUAAUGGGAACCUAUAAUAAAAUAUAACCUUUAAUUAAUAUGCACUACUUUACUUUAUUUAUCUGCACUUCCUUUCCCUUCAAUGUCUACACUUUUUUAUAUUAGAUAGACUUUGUCAUUGAUGGCUGGUAAAUAAGGAGGGAUUCUAAAUCUGGCUGCUAUUCUUCUAGGGUUAUUGUAGGAAACAGCCUGAAUUAAUUAUUGUCUCUUUAUCCUUCGAUCUCUGCUAUAUGGUCAAAUGUAGUUCUUGAUCUUUGCUUAUUAAGAUUCAGGAGGUGUAGUGACCUCUAGCUGAUAAUUUUAGGCACUGCACAUCUUUUUUUAUUCCCUUGGGAACCCUAUGAUCUAUAGUGCCUUGAAAAAGUAUUCACCCCAUUGGCAUUUUUUGUGUUUUGUUGCAUCACAACCUGGAAUUAACAUGGAUUGUUUGAGGAUUUGCAUCAUUUAAUUUACAGAACAUGUCCACAACGUUGAAGAUUUAUUUUUUUAUUGUGAAGCAAACAACAAAUAGGACAAAAUAACAAAAAAAAGUUAAUGUGCAUAACUAUUCACCCCCCUAAAGUCAAUACUUUGUAGAGCCACCUUUUGCGGCAAUCACAGCUUCAAGUCGCUUUGGAUAAGUCUCUAUGAGCUUGCCACAUCUUACCACUGGGAGUUUUGCCCAUUCCUCCUUGCAAAACUCCUCUAGCUCCUGCAAGUUGGAUGGUUUGCGCUUGUGAACAGCAAUCUUUAAGUCUGACCACAGAUUUUCUAUUGGAUUGAGGUCUGGGCUUUGACUAGGCCAUUCCAACACAUUUACAUGUUUCCCCUUAAACCACUCAAGUGUUGCUUUAGCAGUGUGUUUGGGGUCAUUGUCCUGCUGGAAGGAGAACCUCCGUCCUAGCCUCAAAUAUACGCACAGAGUGGUACAGGUUUUGCUCAAGAAUAUCCCUGUAUUUAGCACCAUCCAUCUUUCCCUCAACUCUGACCAGUUUCCAAGUCCCGACUGCUGAAAAACAUCCCCAUAGCAUGAUGCUGGCACCACCAUGUUUCACUGUGGGGAUGUUGUUCUUUGGGUGAUGUGAUGUGUUUGGUUUGCGCUAGACAUAGCCGAAAAGUUAAAUUUUUGUCUCAUCAGACCAGAGCACCUUCCUCCGUACAUUUUGUGAGUCUCCCACAUGCCUUUUCGCAAACUCAAAACGUGCCAUUUUGUUUUUUGCUGAAAGUAAUGGCUUUCUUCUGGCCACUCUGCCAUAAAGCCCAACUCUAUCGAGCGUACGGCUUAUUGUCGUCCUAUGUACAGAUACUCCAGUCUCUGCUGUGGAACUCUGCAGCUUACCUUAGGUCUCUGUGCUGCCUCUCUAAUUAAUGCCCUCCUUGCCCGGUCCGUGAGUUUUGGUGGGUGGCCGUCUCUUGGCAGGUUUGCUUUUGUGCCAUGUUCUUUCCAUUUGGUUAUGAUAGAUUUGAUAGUGCUCCUGGGGAUCAUCAAAGAUUUGGAUAUUUUUUUUAUAACCUAACCCUGACUUGUACUUCUCAACAACAUUGUCCCUUCCUUGUUUGGAGAGCUCCUUGGUCUUCAUGGCAGUGUUUGGUUAGUGGUUCCUCUUGCUUAGGUGUUGCAGCCUCUGGGGCCUUUCAAAAAAUGUGUGUAUAUGUAAUGACAGAUCAUGUGACACUUAGCUUGCACACAGGUGGACAUCAUUUCACUAAUUAUGUGACUUCUGAAGAUAAUUAGUUGCACCAGAGCUUUUUAUGUGCUUCAUAACAAAGGGGGUGAAUACAUACGCACAUGCCAAUUUUCUGUUUUCUAUUUCUAAAAAAUAAUUUUAUAUAUAUAUUUUUCUCAUUUCACUUCACCAACUUAGACUAUUGUGUUCUGAUCCAUCACAUAAAAUUUAGAUUAAUAAAAAAUUUAACUUAAGGCUGUAAUGUAACAAAUUGAUAAAAAGUCAAGGGGGGUGAAUACUUUUGCAAGGCACCGUAUUUAUGACGUGAGAUGGAUAUAUUUUGUAGCUAAGAACCCUAUUGACCUGUUAGGGGUGCUACAGCAAGGGAAUGAUUGAGUGCUAUAUGUAUAUUUUAAUGUAAUAUUCUUAAGGACUUUUCUAUUAAAUUUAUUAUUUAGAAUUAGCUAUUUUUGUAGGAUAUUGCUAACUAUAGUCACCCGGACAACUACAGCUUAUUGUAUUUGUUCUGGUGAGUUUAAUAAUUUCCUUCAGGCUCUUUGCAGUAAACACUGUCUUUUCAGACAAAAGGCAGUUUUACAUUACUGCCUAGGGAUACCUCCACUGGCCACUCUUCAUAUGGCUACUGGAGCUGCUUCCUGGGGCACUGCCAUGGAGACACUGAACUUCCUCAUAGAGAUCCAUUGAUUCAAUGCACAUCUAUGAGGAGAUUGGCCAGAGCUUUGUUUGGCUUGUGCUGGCUCUGCCCCUGAUCUGUUUCCUUGACAGUUUCAGCCAAUCCAAUGCCUUCGUAUUGGAACGCAUUGUGAUUGGCUUUUAUCACCACUUCAGAUUAUGUCAGCCAAGGAGGUAGAUCAGGGUCAGAGCCAGCAGCAGCAGCAGCAGACUGGAGUAAAGGUAGGAUUUUACUAUAUUUAGGGGGUAGGUGGUGGGCAGGGGGGGAGGAGGGACAGAUGUGUUGUUGUUUUUUGUGUUCCUGUCCCUAUCGUGUUCUUUUAGGAAAUUAGUGCUGGCCUUUCAGAACUAUACCUAUAUUUAGGGCUGUAGAUGACACUUUUAAAUGUAUAUUAAUAAAAGGUGCUAUUUUAGGAUAGUUUUAGAUUAUUUUUUUCUUCUGACACCUCAGAAUAUUUUUAAUAUUUUUUAAAAACCUUUCCACUUGUUAACACCCUUUGAUUGGGUCAUAUGGCUAUACUGUACAAUUUUGCAUACAAGAGGUAUAAGAAUGUAAGUAUGAUUAAAUAAAUAUUUGGAGGAAAUCGUUUAGAUAAUCAAAUAUAAUGGAGAUAAUAUUGGUAGUACUAGUUCCAUUUAUAUGUGUUAUAUUCAGUAAAGCUUGAUUUAUUAUUAAGCAGAACAAAAUAAAAAAAAAACACUUAAGCUUCUUUUCAAAGUCAUUCUAAGCUCUUUUCCAGUUUGUGGAAAUGGGGAGUGUGAAGAAGAUGAAACAUGCACAACGUGUCCGGUAGACUGCGGUGACUGUCCAGUUCCCCCUGAUACACGAAUGGCAGUUGCUAUCCCAGUGGCACUGAUUGUUGUUGGCUUCAUAUUGGCUAUAGCAGUAAGUUAUUAGUUGCAAUUAUCUCAUUUCACCAAAUAGAAAAAAUGCUCCUUUAUGUUUAUCUAAAUAAUGAUAUUGUGCAUACUGCAUACUACUGCUCUAAUUUGCACUGACUAUAUUUUUAACACAUAUCACUCAAAUUCUAGGGGUUUCAGUACCAGAGGCAGAAGAUGUUUUCAGAUGAAAGUUGGAUUAUUGACUACAAUAAAAUAAAACAAGGUAUUAAAACAAUUUCUUAUUUUUUAAAAUUAUUUAUAGCAAUUAAUUUUGAAUUAUACAUUUGCUAGCAAUUGGAUUCUCUUAUUUUUUUUACAUGCUAUUCUCUAUGAAUUGAUGACAUGCUUUAUUUGCAUGGUAGGUAUUCUUUAAGUUUUGUGGAUAAUAGCAAAAUUAAUUCUUCAAAUUAUGCAUAACCCAUAAUUUUGCUUUGAUUUUUAAACAAUCAACCCACAGAGUGUUGAACAUGUGAAAGGGAACUUGGCACCCUUACACACAUCUGGUGGGACUGCCCCUCAAUAAAACCUUUCCGGUAUAAUGUGGUAUCUCAGUGAGAUGGUGGAUUCUCUCAUAAUUUAUAUAUGAUGGGAAAUUACCUACUACAUCUCAACCAAUUCAUUAUUCAGAACUAUCAUAAAUCAGUAAUUCCUCCCCCCUCCUCUCCCAUUUCCUAAGUUUAAUCAUUCUUUCGUCCUCUGUCAACCACCAACGAUGUAUAUUAACACAAGGUUCUACUGGUCUCAGUGUUUCUUCAAACAAGAAAGAAUGAAUGAGUAAAUGUGCACAAUCUUGUUCUUGAUAAUCCAGAUACACUGUUUUUUCUAGUUUAUCUCUCUGGUAUGCUUAUUUAUGUUACAUUAUAUUUUCAAAAACAUGGCAUACUUUUUCACCUUGGCAUUUAUGCAAUGUUUGUAUUCUACGUGUUCAAACCAUAUUCUAUACUGUGUUUUAGACUUGUGCCCAGGGGAAAAUUUGAUUUGUCCAAAUCAAUGCAUCCGAAAGAAACUCUUGUUUUGGGCGAUUUUGGAUUUGUUCAUGUGGACUAAUUUCAUCCAUGUGACCUAUUUGGGCAUGAACAUGAACCAAUCGGUGUCCUGUAAAAAAUCAAAACAAUAUAAAUAUAAUGUAUAUAUGUUGCAGUACAUUGAUAGGAGCAUUUUCGUGCCGUUUGGUUCACAGAUCAAGAUUUUUCUUCCAGGAGGAGCAGUAAAUAAAAUCUAUAUUUAUAAUCCACUGACUUGUGUUUGAUAUACACUGUUUGGUAUAUGUGACAUGAAACCCUUUUACAUUUGUUACCUGUACCGUGAAUUAUAACUCACCCCAUAUUGUUACUUGUACAUUUUGUUAUCUUGUCAUUCCCCUUGUGUUCAUUUCUAUUAUAUGUGAAAGAAUUUUGAAAAAAAUAUAUAUAUACACACACACACAGAAGGAGUUGAAGUUCCAGAAGGCCAAAUAGAAGAUGUAGAGAACAGCUACAAGUACCAGGGGGUACAAUAAGCGCAUGGCAACCAUGAGGAAGAGGCAAGGAGGAUAGCAACAUCCAAGUACCUCCAAAGAGUCAGACAGGUCCUGAAGUCCCAGCUCAAGAACAAGAUCCAAGCCAUCAACUCAACACAUAUGCCCUACCAGUCAUCAGGUACCCAGCUGGAAUAAUAACCUGGUCAAGAGAAGAACUGGUCACCAUGGAUGUCAAGACCAGGAAACUACUCACUAUGAAUGGAGGAUUCCACCCAAAAUCCAGCACCCAGAGACUGUACACCUGCCAGAAUGAAGGAGGUCGGGGCCUGAUGAGUGUCAAGGCCACAGUCCUGGAUGAAACACAGAGCAUCCACAAGUACAUCACGAAGAUGAACUCCUAAGGGAAUGUCUGAGAUUUCCACAGAUCGAGGAUGCAGAAAAAGAGAAAAUUCCUUGGCAAGACAAACCUCUCCAUGGGGUGUACCACAGACAGAUAGUGGAUGUGGCUCACAUGACAAAAGCCUACCAGUGGCUGGAAAAGGCAGGACUGAGAAGACUGAAAGACAGCACUGAGGCAUUAAUUCUAGCAGUACGGGAACAGGCACUCAGCAUCAGAUCAAUAGAAGCUGGAAUCUACCACACCAGGCAAGACCCAAGGUGCAGACUGUGCAAAUAGACCUCUGAGGCAGUCCAGCACCUAGUAACUGGGUGCAAGAUGUUAGCAGGAACAGAAUAUAUGGAGAGAAACAACCAAGUUGCUGGGAGAUACCACAAAGGGUAGUUGAAAAUGACAGGGCUAAGAUCCAGACAGACAAGCAAGUGCUGGCCACCAACCUGACAUCGUGCUGGUAGACAAGGAACGAAAGACUGCAGUCGUGGUGGAUGUGGCAAUACCCAGUGACUAUAACAUCAGGAAAAAGGAACAUGAGAAGGUGGAAAAAUACCAAGGACUGAAAGAAGAACUAGAAAGGAUGUGGAAAGUGAAGGCAGUAGUAGUCCCAGUUGUGAUAGGAGCACUCAGUUGGGGGGGAGUGGCUUCAACCGAUUCCAGGUGGGACAUCUGAGAUCGCUCUAAAGAAGAGUGCAGUUCUAGGAACAGCUAAGAUACUGCACAAAACACUCCAAGAGUACCCGAGAAUGAGGAAUAAACAUACCACCCAGGAGGGGUGAGAAAAUAUUUUUUUUAUAUAUAAACAGUUCAAAGCUCUUGCACACCAACUAAAUGUGAAUGACCCAGUGCUCAGUCACAAAUAAAUAAUAAAUCCCAAAAAGAUACCGGCACUCUGGGAAUUCCAAGUCUUGGAUGUCAACGUGUGUGUAUAUAUAAAUAUAUGUAUAUAGUUGUUGUUUUGUUUUUUUACUACUCAUCCUUUUUUUUUUUUUUUUAACUCAAUCACUUAAAAAGAAACCAACUUUUAGUGGCUGUCCACUUACCAUCAAUUGUCUUUUUUUCCCCAUCAUAUUUUUCUUUUGGUGCCACGGAUGGAACUCUGAACCACAAAACCACUUAUUCAUCCAUACAGGGGUUCAGAGUUCAGGAUUAUGGACAUGUCAUAGAUUGCUUAAAAUAUGGAUGAAUCGCAAUUAAUUUGAAACCGAAUGCAAAAGUCUACUAGGUUUUUUUGGUCAUCUAUGCAUUUAAUGUAUAACUUUAAAACAUUUUACACUUCUAUAGCACAUAUUCAACAAACAUUGAAUAAAAAAAAUCUUUGUAAUAGGUUUAAGAUUUUAAUGAAACAAAUACGUGCAAAUAUGCAAGGUUUGCACUAUUUCCUUGAAAUAUAAAUUCUAGGUAGAUAUAGAUCUAUAGAUAGAUAGAUUACUUUUUUUAUGAAUACAUCCGUUACUAUGUGUAUAUGAUUAUGUGAUAUGCUUAACGUUAGAUUAUCCCAUGUCCCGGAACAUAACAGGAAGCACUAUCAGUACAGGCAACUGUGCCAGCUAUUCUAACACCAGCCAUAUCACUGCUCUGAGCUCCUGCCCAGCUGCUGUCAACACACCCAGAAAGCAUUUCUUCACUCACACGGGCCGAUAGUAAGUUCUAAUCAAUCAAGCUUUGAGUUAUUUUUUUCAGCCAUUUAUUUGUGCUAAUUUAAUUUGAAUCUAUGUCUUGUACAAAAGUAAUUAUUCUGAUGUGCUUAUCUUGUUAUGUACACGUAUCACGAUCAAAACCAAAUAAUGGUUACUAGAAAACUGGUUCAAUCCGUAUAUAUGACUGAAAUAUUCUACAGGUUAAAUCUCCAUUUUAGACCGAAAAGAACAUUAAAUAUACUGCUCGUUUAAAGAGUUGGAAAACAGAAAUGACACCCAACUUUAUAUCGUAAGCAUUUAGUAGAAUCAUGUUUGCCUAAUGAUUUAUAAUUUGAAUUAGUUUGAAAUGUUCCAGUUAUUCUGCAUUAUUUAUUUACUAUAUUACUAUCCUGUCAAUUUAGCUUGAUGCUGUGAAUAAAUAUUUUAAUUUUUAUACUAUAUUUAAAUUACUUUACAAGUUCUGCAAUGCAUUAAUAAUUAAAAAAAAAAACCAACAAACAAUUACUUAUAAUGCUUAUAUUGAGAGAUGCAAAUUAUAUUUAGAUUACUGAACCUCCCCCACCCAUAGAAUAAAGAGGUUGCUUAUUGCUAAUACAGAAGAGAUAGGGUCUGCUCACUGCAGCUUCGCUUUGUGACCGAAGACAAUCAAAUGGUUACAAUAACUGUCUAUUGCACAGCUCAUGACAUUGGAAGAUAUCAGUAUAGGACUGGGGUUGACCUCCUAUAUGUAGGCAUGACAUUGCUCUGCUGAAGGGCUUGUCCAAGCAAAAAGCUUGUGUCCUACCAAAAGUAAACAGUGGUUCAUGUUUAGAGCACUAUUGAUGCACUCUUGAUCUGAGUACAGUUUGUGCAGAACAAGCCCGUGUGAUCAUGAAAACAGGACACCAAAAAAGAAACACUGGAUGACAGAAGAGGUGCUUAGAUUCAUUACUGUCCAUCUGAAGCCAGGAUUGUUGGGAAACAGGGCUGAAAAUGUAACUCAAUCACAAGUCAUUUGCAUGUAAAAAAAUCAACCCUUGUGAGUAUAAAUUCACCCCUGAAAAGUGUUCCAUGGACCCUCCAUUCUUGUAGUGAUGGUUAAUGUGUUGGCCUGUGUAAUAGCAUAGAACUUUAAAUUAAGAGCUCUGGCUGGGAGGUAUUCUAAGUCACUUUUUAAAGUGCUUACGUUUUGAACACUUUUUUGUAUUUUUCCAAUUUUAAUAUUAGAAAGUCAAAGUGGCUCCACAAUAUUUUGCAAGAUCUCUGAAGUUGAUAUCUCUGCUUUGUAUGCAGCAACCAGAAGUUAAACCCACAGGUAGAUAUAGAGAAAAAGAGAAAAUAAACAAAAACAGAGCAACCAUAGGGUUAAGAUAAAUCAGUCUCCAAGGUUCCCUGUAAUUGCAGUGCAACCCAAAGAAAUGUAAUUAAAAAAUUACCUUUUAAUAAAUUCCUUCUAAAAAAUCAAUGCUUAAAUGAUAAGUAAUAGGUGUCACACAAAAAAUAAUUAAAUGAAAAACGGAGAGAAAGGAGAAUAGAAAUUGCAGAGUCACUAGGUUGUUCACAGAAAAAGAAAGAGAAAAAAGGGUUUGCCUAAAGUAUCUUGAAGACAUUCAUUAGUGUAUAUAGUGAAAGAAAGGUCUUGAAUCUGUCUAACUGUGAAGCCCUAGUAUGAAUAGUACUGUCUCCUAACUCCCAUCACUCAUAGGCUAGAAUAACCUGCCUACAUGUAACAAAAUAAAGCCUCAAUGGAAGGUACACAGAGGUUAAAGUUUAAAGAUAAAAGUGAAGAGAGGGUGGUAAACUCGGAGCAUCCUAAAUGAUCUAAACUAGCUGCAGCAUAGUUCCCGGUCAAACUCCAACCACCCGCUCACUAACUAAUCCCGACGCGCGUUUCACCACAGAGGCUCUUCCAGGGGAACCGAGCUGGACGCCGGCCGUCAUUUAAAUAGCCCGCCCUCCUCUAGGAUUGGUCGGUGUUCAGACCAAUCACAAAUGAGGGGGCGGAGUCAAAUGCCGAAGCCGGUUAACCCAUGAUCGCAGGGGAAACCGGCACGGAAGAUUAAUAAAAUGAAGGGUCUUUUAGAAAAGUCAAAAUAAAGUAUGAAUGUGGAUGAAUAAACUAGUUGAAGUAGAAUAUGGUAUGAAGCAAAUACCUGCAUAAUAAGCAGGCUUGUAAUUAAAGAUGUACAUCAUUGUUAAAAAAUAACAUAUCAGGAUAAAAUUAUAACAUUACAUAAAUAGUACCUGGAUUGUAAGGCAAAAAAAUUGUUGUUAUGUAAAACUUGCUCUUGAAGCUUAAAUACAUAGAAACAGGCUUAUAAAUAUAGGUCCUCAGUGCUGGAAAAUACAUAUGGCCAAAGUCAUGCAGGUCAAUUAUAUUGCCCAAUGGUAAUGAGAGUAAUGAUAAAGUUAUAAGCAACAUAAUCCACCAAAUUAAUAAGUAAAGGUGUCCAUUACUAGUUAGAAAGUAACAUAUCAGGAUGUAAUAGUAUCACUACAUCAACAGUGUAUAAAUUAUGAAAGUACUAUCUACUAAAAAGUUAUUAAGUAACUACUUGUUCUAGCAUCUUGAAUACAAAAUAGAGACAAGCUUAGAGGUGUAAGUCGAAUAUACAAGACCAAAAUCAUGCAGAUUUAAUAUAUUGCUCAAUGAGAGUGAAAGUAAUCAUAAAAUUGUAAAUACCUAAGUCCACUUAUGAAUGCUUGGGAAUCGUGAACUGUUCCAUGUAUAAUGAAAGAAAUAAAAUACAAUGAGGCUUGAUACCAGAUUGGCCCAUAGGUAUGAAGCACCUAUAUUGGCAAAGGUCUGAUUACGAAUGGAUAAAUGGAGUAAAAUUGAACUCUUCAUUUAAUCCUUUAGGAUAAAGUGUUUGAAACAAAUUCGGCUUUCAGUAAUGCAAUAUUGAUAUCCCCUUUUCUGUGAUUUUGAAAGACCUUUUGAAUCACUUGGAAUUUGAGUACAUUGGGUCUAGAGUUGUGAUUUGUACGUACGUGUCUUGCUAUCGGGGUGUCCAAAUGUAAAUUCAAAAUUGAAUUAAUAUGUUGCAAGACACGUCGACGUAAUUGCUGAUAGGUCUUGCCAAUGUACUGUAAUCCACAUUCACAUGUAAUGAUGUAAAUGACAUUGGUAGACCCACAAUUGAUAAAGGAAUUAACCUCAAUGUCUUUUGCAGUUCUACGAUUCCGUACUUUUUUAGAUGGUAAAAUGAAGUCGCAAGCCUUACAGUGCCCACAUUUGAAAAGGCCUUUAGUCUGAAGCCAAGUGGAUUGGCUUGGUAGUGGUUCCAAAUGACUCUGGGUAAGGAGAUCUGCAAGGUUCUUUGCUCGUCGAUAGGUUACAGAAGGUUUAUAGGUAAUGGUGUUCUUGAGACAUGUAUCAUGUUGAAGUAAUGGCCAAUUGCGAUUGAAUACCUGUAAGGUAUUGUUCCAAUUUUUGUCAUAGGUCCCUAUAAGUCUGGUAACCCUAGUGGAGGAUUGAGUGGUCUUAGGGGGUUUGUGUAAGCUCUCAGAUCUAUCUACGAUUUUUGUUCUUUGGUAAGCUUUCUUAAGGAUACGAUUCGGAUAUCCUAGACUUUUGAAUCUCUGUCUGAGAAUUCUUGCUUCUCUUUCAAAGUCUUCUGGGUUGGAACAGUUUCUUUUUACCUUAAGGUAUUGGCCGUAUGGUAUGUUAGCCUUUACAUGAAAUGGAUGGAAACUGUCCCAAUGCAAUAGACUGUUCGUAGCGGUGGGUUUUCUGUAUAAUAAGGUGGAUACUGAUCCAUCCUCUGACAGAGCAAUAGUGAGAUAACACAGGUAGAUAUACUUAUCUGAACUUCUUCCUCGUGGUCACCAUCUUUUUUCUUGAUAUCCUGAUGCUUUUUCCAUCAGUGUCAAUGCUCUACUCUUGCACGUGAACUAUAGUACACAGGGAUCUGGGGGAUAUCACAAGAUUACAGGAAACUCUAUAGGCCAACUCUUGUGAUGCAUGAGAAGCAUGUGAGUCGGAAAUGGGAGGAUGGGAGAGGACAUAUCCUUCUCAGAUAAUGUUAUGUGGGGAUGAAAUUGGGUAGAUCCCAUACUUCAGUCAUGCAUCUACAAGUUAAGUUUCUCAGCCGACACAUACAGGGUUGGGGAGAAGCAUGAGGAAAAAUCAGAGAGAUGGAUUCAGAAAAAUGUUGGGAGAGACACAAGUUGACCGAUAAGUGGAAGAUAAUAGAGGAGAGAAAUGUGAGGAGAUUGAGAGAUACAGAACUAUGGGAGUAGGACUAAGAAGUCCAAAAUUCACAUCUUUAAAAUAAAAUACACACAUACUCAGUACAAUCAAAUUAAAUUUAUACAACCUCAACACAAUUUUAUCCUCACACACAGGCACUUACUUUGUAUAAUGAUUCCAUAACUCUGAUACUCCACUGAAUACAAGCCUGCAUACUGUAACUUUGCACAAACGCACUCAUGCACAUCCCACACACUCUAUAUAAGAACUCCACAACGCUAACACUACACACUCUUGUAGUCGCUCCUACAAUUGUGCUACUUCUGAGUAGUCCUCAGUAUCUUUUCAAAUAAUAGCUGCUUGACACACAGCUUAGUUCUAUAGCACACUGCCUUUAUAUUUAUUAUUUUUGACUUUUUGUCCUGCAUAUGCACAACUCAUAUGUAGAACCCUGCAUUCACACUUAUUUUACUACUCAUAAAUAAAACUAUACAUUCACAAACCUUAACGCUACAUACAAAUACACCACUGCAUUUACAAACUAUUGCACGAGGCACAUUUACAUUAAAUCACACAUAUAUACUACAGGCAACUACAUUUACAAGCAAUGAAAGUAAUUGCAAACAGCCCAAAUUCACCUGACAUAAAUAAGCCCACUGAUUCUACCUUCACUUAAUCACAAAUGGCUGCAUGCUAUACACGCAGACAUACGGAGACACACAGGGCUUUCUCAUUAAACAGAUAAUUAUGGAAAAUGAAUAAGGAAAUUGUAAAUGGUAGACCAAAACAUCAACGAAAAUAAAAUGUUUGUUGUUGGAGAAUUUCUGAGUUAGAGAAUGUCUCCAGUUCAGUUCAGCUAUUGUGGCCUACGCUUAAUUAUUUCAAUUUGUGUGUUUGAUAUGUUACCUCAGAAAAUGGAGGACAUCAGGUUUUCUUUCUAAAUCCCUGCCCCCCUCCCAGAAUUGGUUUUGGUUCCUACUUUUGUCAACUUCAGGUUUCAACAUAAAACAAAUUAAUUCCUACUUUGCCUUGUGAAAUCUUCUGACUGCAUUGCAAUUCUCUUGGAUUUGCUUGAAUGGAAGUUUUUCUCAAAGAUUCUAUAGUUCUGAUAAACUCAGAAGUCAUGUCACCAGGUCACAGUUGUUUUAAUUAUCUGUCCCUGCUGCCAGGGCUGAUGCAAGAAUUUUUAGGCACACAGGCGGAGAGGCAUUUUGCCGCCCCAUCACCCCCUUCAUGUAUACAGAGGUGCCACUUACAAACACAAAGAUUUUUGCUUUGAUGCUUUUUGAUUCUCAGUCAUGCCACACUGUAUUGCUUUGGACUGGGCUUUCAUCAUUUACCUUGAUCCUGGGCAUUACAAUUCACAGUAUUGUGUGUUGUGUAUGAGUUAAUCACAGAGAACCAAAGCAAAAAAAAAAAAAAAAACGCCUUUUUUGAGUGUAUCACAAAUCAGUAAUGUGAGAGUAACAGGGAAUUAUGGGGCAAAGUGAUACAGGGCUAGGGGUGUAGAAUGACAAAGUGAUAGCAGGGUUGGGGAUUAGGGGGACAGAGUGACACAGGGCUAGGUGGACAAGGAAUUAGGGAGACAGAGUGACACAGGGCUUGAGGGACAGAGUGGCACCAGACUAGGGGGGCAGGGGAUUAGGGGGACAGGUUAGCACAGGGCUUUGAGGACAGGGGAUUAGGGGGACAGAGUGGCACAGGACUAGGGGGACAAAGUGAUACAUGUCUAGGGAAGCAGUGUAUUAGGAGGAGAGAGUGACACAGGGCUUAUUGGGCAGGAGAUUAAAGGGACAGAGUGACACAGGGCUAGGUGGUUAUGGGGACAGUGACCCAUGGCUAGGUGGCAGGGGGACAGAGUGACGCAGGGCCACGGCAGCAGGGGAUUAAGGAGGCAAAGUGACAUAGCUAUAGGGGACAGGGAUUAGGGAGACAAUAACACAGGGCUAGGGUGACAAAGUGACACAGGGCUACAGGGCAGGGUAUUAGGGGGACAGACUGACAUAGUAAUAGGGGGCACGGGACAGAGUGACACAGAUCUAGGGGAACAGAGUGACACAGGGCUAGGGAGCAGAGUGACACAGAGCUAAGGGGCAGGGGACAAGGGGGACAGAGACACAGGACAAGGGCGCAGGAGGGCUGAGUGACACAGGGCUAGAGGGCAGGGGUACCGAGUGACACAGAGCGGGGGCAGGGACACAAUAAACAUAAACAUAUUUGUUUAUUUUUAUUAAACAUAUUUAUUUUUAUUAAAACUGUUUUGUUUUUUACAAGCUGUACAAGUUUUGCACGGAUAAAAACAUUUUCUAAAUUAAAAUGGUCCAAAAUAAUAGGUUUUAUGUCUAAUAUAACUUGUUACUAGAUGUUGUUUUAAACACAGUAAACAAUGCAGGUUUUUUCAUCAAUAAAAUUCCUUUAAUUAACAUCAGUAUUUAAAAUAUGCCAGUGUUUAUUUAAAAUAUAUUUUAUCUGUCUAGCAUUAUCAUUAUAAUUUAACUUAAUUGGAAUUCCUCCCUUAUCUUGGUAAUGCUUUUUCGCACCCUUGGCUUUAUAUUGUAAGAUGCUUUCUCUGUCCAGCCAUUUACUUCUCGUGCUUAUGUGUCAAUACUAUGUGGAUUAUAUUUUUUGUUAAAAAUCUGGAUUUCAUUAUUUCCUUUUGCUCCUCAAAGAUCUCUAGAUCACUGCAAUUUCUGUAUAGUCUAAUAAAUUGUCCCAUAGGUAUAUUUUUGUGCCAAGGGCUACAAUGACAGCUAUGCAUAUCAAUAUAGCUGUUAAUGUCGACUUUUAAAAACGUUUUUGUUUUUAAAUGUUCCGCAUAAAUAUCUAAAUCUAAAAAGUGGAUGUCAAAAUAGCUAUAAUAACUAGUUAAAAUAAUCCCAUUUUGAUUGUCAUUAAGAAAAAUUGCAUUAAGUGACUACUCAUUCUCACUCCAUAUAAAAAUAUAUAUCAUCUAUAUAUUUGUGAUACAGAACCGAUUCUCCACCCAGUUUGACUCUAAUGACAAAUUUGCAUAACUGAGUGCACACCUGGUUCCCAUUGCACUACCCUUGUUGUAAAAAGAAUGAACUGUCAAUCCAAAAAAAGUUGUUAUGGAGUAUUACUUUAAUUCUAUUCAAGAUAAAUUAUCUUUGUCCAGCCUCCAUAUCCAUAUUUGAAAUUGCAAUUGUCUAUCCACAUAUUCAGACACUAUAAAAGGAGAUCCAACCCCUGAUACUACGGGUCUCCCUGUGGGAUUUAUAGGAUCUAUUAAUUUUUCGGCAGUGUAUACAAAUAAAGGAUUUUGGUUAAUUUGACCUCCAGAUAUUGGAAUUCGUCUUUACUAAGAAUAUUAUAUUUUCUGCUUCUAUCUAAUGGAGUGAAAUAUUUAUACUUUUUUUUUUUAUUCCAUAGGGUCUCCUUCCAGUUUCUUAUAUGUAGAUUUAGCACCCAAUUGUCUACAAAUAUCUGAAAAGCGUGCAUCUUUACUUUGUAUUAUUAUGCCCCCAGUUUGCUUACUUAAAAUACUUCUGUCAGAUUGUAGUUCUUUAAUAGCUCUUUGUUGUUCUGGAGAUAUUUGUUUUCUCAUUCUUUCCUAGAUCUUCUUUAUAUCAUUCAUCACUAAAUUUAAAAAAACAUUUAUAGAUCCAUUAAUAUACUGUCUAGGGAAGAAUAAAGAUUUGUUUUUAAGGAGGUAUGAAUAAUAUUGUAAAUGUUUCUGUAGAAUACUAAGACUUAUAUACAGGAUUUAAAAAAAAAAUGUUGUUUGAUGGAUAACUUGUGCACACAUUUAUGUACAUUAAUAAACGUAUCAAAAGGUUUAUUGGAGCACCACGAAGGAGCAAAUUUUAGGCCUUUAUUUAAAACAUUUUUCAAAGACUUUCCAGAUAUUUAAAAAAUGCCUAAUUGUUGGAUUCUCUCUCUCUCUCUAAUUGAAAGCUGUAAAUUACAUUUAUUAACUACAAUUCUGCUGUGAGUUGCACAGCAAUAAAACACAUUAAUAUGCACAUGUACAAAUGUAUUGCUGUAGUCAGGUUUACUAGUGUUUGACACUGUUGGUUCCUUUAAAGGAAAAAUGUAGUCCUAAAUCUAUAUUUUUAACAUAUCUUUGCUACUGUCCCCCUUGCCAUGUGAUGGCUUAAUGGGUUGUACUUACCCUUCAGCCUUUGCUGUGCUAAUGCCGUAGUCAAGUUCAACCUCCUUGACUGAGAUCAUGGAGAUUGAUGAUCUCAGUCAAUCUAAUAGAAAUGUUUUGGGAGGCUAAUGCACAUGCAUGGCAAAACACUGCACUGCGCUAGUCACAUGGUCUCUAUGAGAUCUGAUGGUGGCUAUUUCGUUGGAAGCGUUUUUAAUUGCUGUCAGAGUGACAGUCACUAGAGGCAUUUAAAUCCUGCAAUGUAAACAUUGCUGUCCAUGCAGAACGGCAAUGUUUUCAUGGGCAGGGUUAAAACUAGAGGGUCGUGGCAUUGAGGUGUUGUCUGGGUGCCUACAGAAUCCUAUUAAUUAAUAUGAUGCAUAUUAGAGGUUUCAAGAACUUUAUUUUUAACCUUCAAUAAGUAUAUUGACAGCAGUUUGCUGUAGCAUACAUGACUUAUGCAAAAUACCUCCCAGAAUUCUGUAAUUUUUGUUUUAAAUCCUUUAAUACUUUCAUUAAUGAGAAAUCAAAACUAUUUACUUAGUAGGUUAUGUACAAAGGAAGUAGCUUCACAGAUAAAGAGCUACUAUUUUCAGUAAAAUGUAAUUUAUUCUCCCCAUGGACUCAAACCUUUAUAAAAAAAUAUAACAUGGGUUAUAUGAGAUAUAAACCCCCCUAUGAAAACACUCCAUAGGAAAAAAAGUUAGCAUAACCAAUUAUGACAGUUAUUAUCUUCUCCGAUUUUAGUGAUGGCAGAAUUGUGGCAAUUAAGAAAAUCCAAAAGAAAUCAUUCACUGUUUCCGCCACAAUACGCAAAGAAGUGAAGCAGAUAAGGUAACUAUUACAUUUUUAAAUGAUAAUGUAAACAUCAUGACUUAAUAUAGCUCUGCCAAACCAUUUUUUCACAAAAACUGAUUUUUUUUUCUGGAAGCUCAAAUUACACCCAAAUGUUGAUUUUACCUGGCAGAAUUUCAAUACCAAAAAUCUGGUUUGAAAAUGGGCCAAUCAGCAUGCUGCAAAAUAUUUACACUUAAUAAUAUGAUGUAUCUAUUUAGCAGUAUACUGAUGGGCACUGAUCAAGUGAGAAAAAGUCACUAAUAGAGGUAUAACUAGAAGGGACAGUAAAAGCAACAGAAAAAUCUAUAUUUAUAUGUUAUAUAUUUAUUAAAAACAUAAUAUAUAAAUAUAACUUUUUUUUUGUUCUGAUUCUCCUUUUUUCCCUCUAUUUAUCACUUCUCUCUUGAUCUAUAAAUACAAUCAACAAUUACUGGUUGUCACCUAGCCAUCAAUCUUAUUUAUUCCAUUCAAUCAUCUCUUUUCUUGGCUUUGGGCUUCAAAAAUAAAACAACCAUACUCGACCAUUGGGUGCAAGUAGUAGCUGCUAUAAAUAGCUCAACAAGGGGAAAAAUAUAACUUUUUAUAGAGUUUUAAUAUAACUUACCUCAUAUUUCCCAUUAUUAUACAGAGUCAAACAAUAGGCUCUGAAUUAUUCACAGCUUAUUGUUUGCCUGUUUACUACUGGGUUACCGUACAUAGUUUCCUAAUUGUUACUUCUUCCUGUUGUUCCAUUUUUAGGGGAUACUUCCUGUUUCAUAUUAGGUAUAUUUCAGACUCUGUAUCUUUGUACUGGCAUAAUCUGCCUAACCUAGUCUGUUUUGCUUCAUCAUACUACUUCAGAAAUGUGGCCCUAAUAUACAAGUAUGUUUCUCAAGUCCUCACCAACACAUCUUGUAUUCUUAAUGAUUACAUCAAAACUUUAAAAGCCAUUUCCAUGUCCUGUGUCGUAUGUAUUGCUUAUUUUUCUUCCCCCUUUGUUAUUCCCUUUUUCUCCUUACUUUAUGUGGAUCCUUAGUUCCUGUGCACCGCCUCCUUAUAAAUUGGGAGUAGCUAGCUUUGCUAUAAACUCAUGCUCUAAUCAAGCAUAUUUGGUGACAAAACUGAAUUAUUUGGACCUAUGCUUAUUAAAACCACACUUUUACUUCUUUGCAGAGAACUUGACCACCCCAAUCUAUGCAAAUUUAUUGGUGGUUGCACUGACGUUCCCAAUGUGGCUAUUAUCACCGAGUACUGUAAUAAAGGGAGUUUGAAGGAUGUUCUACUGAACGAAGAUAUCCCUCUGAACUGGGGCUUCAGGUAUGGAAGUACAUUUUAAAGAGUCAAUUUUUUUGUUUUCUGCAUUCUUUUUUACAGCAUACUUUUUUAUUCUUAAAUCAGAUAUAAAUGUGUUUUUUCCUGAAAAAUUCUGUUCAUUUCAAUGACCAGGGCAGCAAAAACAUAACAGGUGAUAAAUAAAAGAAAAUAAAGAUGGGAGCGAAAUCAGUGGAUUGGUCCAAUGUUGACAGCUUGAACAUGCAACUAUAUCAGUAGUAAUGGAGAGGGAGCAGGGUAGUCAGAAACUUAAUGAUUGUAGGUACUUUGCCAUCUUGUGUGCUCUAGUAUGCAGGGACCCACAGGUGACACCUUCUAUCCCGACCAAUAUGACAACAACUUCUAAGACUUUGGCAAGAACUACAGCAUUUGAAGGUCCAUCUGAGUUCUUGGUUUUCCAUGACAGCAACUUCUGGGUUACUAAACUGGUCCCGGAUGACAGAACACCUUAUUAUUAUUAUUUAUAAAAUAUUUUACCAGGAAAGAUACAUAGAGAUUUCUCUUGUUUUCAAGUAUGUCCUGGGUCCACAAAACAUUACAUUGAUACAUUAUGGUACAGUAAAAUACAAAAACAAUAUUAAUACACAAUAUACACAAAAUUUAACAUAGAAUAGGUAGGAAAUAAAUAAUCAACCAUAAUACGUGCAUUCUGUUUUGAGGUAUGUAGAGAGGGAUCUCUUAAAGGACUUUAGGCUUGGGGAAGAUUUUAAAGUGUGCCUGAGGUCGUUCCACAAUUGUGGCACGCUGUAGGAGAAGGAGGAUCGGGCUGCUUUCUUUUUGUAUUGAGGUAGACUAAAUAAAGUGCUGGUACCGGAUCGGAGGUUAUAGGAGGUGGGAACAGCCGAGGAGAGCAUUUUGCUCAGGUAGGGUGGGAGUUUCCCAGAAAAGCUUUUAAACACAAGGCUGGAAAGAUGAAGGGUGCGUCUGGAUUCCAGCGACAGCCAGUUUAGUUCUUUUAGCAUGUUACAAUGGUGGGUCCUGUAAUUACAUUGUAGCACAAAUCAGCAGAACGAGUUAUACAAUGUAUUGAGUUUAUUAAUGUUAGAUUGCGGUGCAGAUGCAUAUACUACAUCCCCAUAAUCAAUAAUUGGCAUCAGCACUUGCUGUACAAUCUUUUCCUUUACUGUAGGACUUAGGCAGGAUUUGUUUCUGUACAGGGCACCUAGUUUUGGAUAAAGUUUAGAUGCAAGUUUUUCUAUGUGGAGGCCAAAAGAUAGAUUGGGGUCUAACAAUAUACCCAAGUAUUUGAAAGAGUGGACUGCGUUCAGUGUGCUAUUUGAAUUCGUUUUAAUGGAUAGGUGGGAAUUGUGUAAUUUAGGUACUGUUCCAAAGAUCAUUGUGACAGUUUUGUUAGUGUAUAGGAAGAGUUUAUUUUUUGCGAUCCACAUUUCUACUUCUGUAAACUGGUCUUGGAGCAUAGCCUGAAGCUGCGGUAGAUUGGAUUUGCUCGUAUAGAUUACUGUGUCGUCUGCAUACAUGUGUACAUUUGAGGAUUUGCAGACAUUAGGCAGAUCAUUUAUAAAUAAUGUAAGUAAUAGGGGGCCGAGAAUGGAACCUUGGGGAACACCACACGUGACUGGGAGAGGGAGGGAGUCGCUGUCAGAAAUGGACACAUAUUGCGAGCAGUCCAAUAUAUACGAUGGAAACCAGGUUAGUGGACGAUCACCAAUAUCUGAGUAUUUGAGUUAGUGCAGUAGAAUGUCAUGGUCUACAGUGUCAAAGGUCUUAGCAAAAUCAAGGAAAAUAGCUCUAGUUAGGUCUCCUUGUUCCAUGCCAGUUUGGAUGUCAUUGCAAACUUUUAAUAGGGCAGUUGUAGUGGAGUGAUUCUGGCGAAAGCCCGAUUGAUCAGGGGUCAGAUAGUCUGAUCAUUGGUAAUACUCACAUAGUUGCGUAUGGACACAUUUUUCUAAGCUUUUGACAAUGCCGGGAGCAAUGACAUUGGGCGAUAGUUAGAAACCAAAGUAGUGUCACCACUUUUAUGGAUAGGCACUACUCUCGCAGUCUUACAAAGUUUGGGUAUGUAUCCAGACACCAAGGAUUCGUUAAUCAGGGUUGCGACGGGUUUAGCAAUUUUGGUGCACUGAGCUACAUCAACAUUGCUGGGAUUUAUCCCACCAAGCGUCACAUCGCUAACGAACAGACCAUAUCGGACCAUAUUCUUGAUCUCUGCUGGCGUAAUCUUGGCCAGGCUGCCCCCCAGGUGAGACGCCCACACCCUGGGAGUUCCCUUGUAGCCCACGAUGGCGGCGUCCUGGCAGUUCUUGUUGGCCAUGAGGUUGUUGAUGUAGUCUUGCCAGGAUAUGGUGUUGAAUGGCGGGAUCAGGCGAGGUGCAGGCUGGGUACAGAGCUCGGGUUGGCCGGGUGGUCUCCACUCUAGGAGCCUCGUGCUCGGGGUUCGCACGCAUGAUCUGUUUAUGGCAUUCUUAACAACGUGGUUACAUAGGCACAUCAUUUCAGGAAUAUGAGGUGAUUUAACCCCUUAAGGACCAAACUUCUGGAAUAAAAGGGAAUCAUGACAUGUCAUGUGUCCUUAAGGGGUUAAAUAGGUUGUACUAUAAAAAAUGUGAGUUCAGACUAUGUAGUGGGCCCAUAUGUGAACACGUAUGUGUAAGGCUGUAAAAUAUUUAUUUGACUUGACACAAUAAAAGAGGCAUAAAUAACUCAUGUCAUGGCUUAUUUCAGUAUUUCUGUGGUUUGCCAAACCCUGGCUCAGGCAUAGACACAGGCCAGUUGCAAAAACUGUUGUUGCCCUAAGCCAUGAGUUGGCAUCCUAAGCCAUGAGUUGGCAUCCUUGGAUGAACAACAUCUCCCCUGAUGCUUUGACUGCAUUCUGAUCGCAAGCGCAUUAUGUGUAUCAGUGGCAGAACUAAUGUAGGAGGGCCCUCAACAUAAGUGCAAGAAAUUAUUUUGGGCCCCCCUCUAGCGGAAGAAGGGGCCAAAAAGUAUAACCCCAUCUGUUGUACAAUUCCCACAAUGCUAUGCCAGCUGCAGAUCUACCAUUUGCCCACCCUUGCAGGGUUGUAUUUGUGAGCAGUGUUUGUGUGUUUGAAUGUAAGCAUGUUUUUGUAAAGAGUAUGUCCAUGCAUGUCGGUGUUUAUUUGUAUGUACUGUUACCACUGGAAUGCUGUGGUCUACUUAUAUGCAGGGCCGGACUGGGAGAAAAAUUCGGCCCGGGCAUUUUUUUAACACAGCGGCCCACUAAAAAGGGGGCGGGGCAGAGGAGGUGUGUUUUGUCAUCACCAAUGACAAACAUGCCUCCUCUCAAAGUGAGCAUGUUGGUUCAAUGCUCUUCCAGGGCAGACCAUGCGCAGAGCUCUGAUGAAGAGCUCUAGCAUGAGAAAAAAGUCCUGUAUUUGUUCUGCACAGUGCAAGCAAAUUUAAUAACAUGCUUGCACUGUGUUUCCUUGCAACUUGUCUCUGGUGUCUUUAUAAAUGGAUACCAGGAGACAAAAGGCCAGGAAAGAGUAUUGUGCAUGUGUUUGGAGCCUGCUUGUGGUAUUGCGUGUGUGUAGAGUGAGCUGGUCGUGGUGUGGUAUUGUGUAAUAAGGUCGGUUUUAGUCGUGUUGUGUUUGUGGUGUAAUGUGAUGCAUAUGUGGCUCAGGGACCCCCUCCCGCCCGGCUCUGGAAAGGGGUUAAAACUUACCUUUUUCCAGCGCCGGGCGGGGAGCUCUCCUCCGAUCCGCCCCGUCGGCUGAAUGCGCACGCGCGUCAAGAGCUGCGCACGCAUUCAGCCGGUCGCAUAGGAAAGCAUUUAUAAUGCUUUCCUAUGGACGCUUGCGUGCUCUCACUGUGCUUUUCACAGUGAAAAGCACGCAAGCGCCUCUAGCGGCUGUCAAUGAGACAGCUGCUAGAGGCUUUGGGGGAAGGCUUAACCCAUUGAUAAACAUGUUUAUAAAACAAUGGGUUAACCCUAGAAGGACCUGGCACCAAGACCACUUCAUUAAGCUGAAGUGUUCUGGGUGGCUAGAGUGGUCCUUUAAGAGUGUAGUGUGUGUGUGUGUGUAUAUAUAUAUAUAUAUAUAUAUAUAUAUAUAUAUAUAUUUGGAAGUAUGUGUGUGGUGCAGUGUGUUGGGGGGGUUCUGUGUGUAUGUGAGGGUGCGGUGUGUGUGUGUGAGGGGUGCGGUGUGAGUGAUGGGUGUGAGAGUGCCGUGUGUGAGGGUGCCGUGUGUGAGGGUGCAGUGUGAGCGUGCUGUGUGAGAGUGCUGUGUGAGAGAGUGCUCUGUGAGAGUGCUGUGAGAGAGUGCUGUGAGUGUGAUGGGUGUGAGGGUGCUGUGAGAGAGUGCUGUGUGUGUGAAAGUGCUGUGUGUGUGAGAGUGCUGUGUGUGUGAGAGAGUGCUGUGAGAGUGCUGAGAGUGUGAUGGGUGUGAGAGUGUUGUGUGAGAGAGUGCUGUGUGUGAUGGGUGUGAGAGUGCUGUGUGUGAUGGGUGUGAGUGUGCUGUGUGUGAUGGGUGUGAGAGUGCUGUGUGUGAUGGGUGUGAGAGUGCUGUAUAAAUGUUAUUGUGUGUGUGUGGGGGGGGUAAAUAAAAAAAAAAAAUAAAACAAAAAACAGUCAUUAUUCCCCCCCCCUCCCUUCUUACCUUUAGCCUGGGAGAGGGAGGGGGGGGGGACCGGCACGCUGGAACCUGGCAGGCGGGGUGGCGGGUUCCCUGGUGGUCCUCGUGGGUGAGUGAACUCUCGCGAGAUCCGGUCGUUGCUAUGGCAACGCGCCGGAUCUCGCGAGAGGAACCCGGCAGAGCUGCAAAUUAGAGCUCCGCCGGGUCCUCUCUCCAGCCUGGCUGGCUCCCUCCCUCCCUCCCCGCCGGCGGCCGCAUGUGGGCCGGUGAGGGAGAGCUUUGAUCUCCCCACCGGCCCGUCGUGGCAGACAGCGGGGCCGGCGCUGGGACAGUGCCGGCCCUGCAGGGGCCGCCCGGGGAGAUCCUGUGAUCUCCCCUGCCGGCCUCGGCCCCACGGCCACCGCGGCCCACCGGGCAUUUGCCCGGUGUGCCCGAUGGCCAGUCCGGGCCUGCUUAUAUGUAGUGUUUGUGUUUGAAUGCAGGGCUGUGUUUGUGUCUUUUUAAAUGCAAUGCUGUGUUUGUAUGUCAUGUUUGUGCUUGAUUGCAGGGUUAUGUAUGCAUGUUGUGUUGCUGUCUGGUUGCUGGAAUGUAUGCACAUACACACAUACUUACACAGAUAUACAUGCACAUUAAUACACACAUAUAAACACAUACAAACACUGAAACACACACACAGAUACACACACUGACACAUACACAAACCAUGAAAAACAGAUACACACACUGAUACAUACAAUCACACUCAGAUAUACACACUGACACAUACACACCUUGACACACAUACAUAGAAUGACAUACAUGUCAAAAUUUACAUUUGCAGCGAUCCUCCUAAUAACUUACCUUUGUGUGCUGGAGGGUGGUUUGCUUGGGGUCCACUCCAAAGACUUAGCAGUGAUAUAUCAUGUAUAUAAAAUAUGUAAUAGAAUGUAUGUAAUCCAGUAGGAUUGCAUUCCCAAAGUCAGGUUGUGGCCUAAAGACUGGGCAGGCAGCACAGUAGCAAUGCUGAAUAGACAGGUUAAUGGUGAAAUUAGAGCUAAUUGCCCGUCAGCAUAGAGAAAGUAUACAGAGACAAUGAGAAAUUAAACAAUGUUUCCGUGCCUCCUCCUCAUUUGCAAUGUUUGCCCUGACUUUGCUUAUGUGUACUUGAUUUAUGCUAUAAUUUGCUAAAUCUAAUGUAAACAGAAAAUAAUACAGAGCAUCUCAUGAAAAGGUUAACACACAUUUUAGGUGAUAUUUAUAUAUUUUAUUCAAAGGAGUACAUUUUAGUAAAGUAUUAGUUACCAUUUAAUCUCCUAUAUCAUUAAAUGCUUUAGUCUACAGCUUCCUUCCUCAUUCCUCUCCCCUGUUCUGUGCAUACAUUGUCCCUUGACUCUUUUAUACUAUGCCCAAUACUUGUCCUCCCCCACCUUCUUCUCUAUACCACUCUUUUCUUUCAGUGUUUUGUUGGUGACAACUCAAAGGUGACGAUUCCAUGUGACACUUUUCAUUGAACACAGGUCUUCUUGAUAUUACAAAUUAGAAUGCCAGCCUUUGGGAGCACAUUUAACUUAAAUUAUACCAUUAUUAUCAUAGGAUGUUAUUUCAAAAACAUGCACAAAACUAGUGUGAAUAACACAAUUUGCUAAUUGAAUUAGCACUGAUGUGUCAAAAACAUUCUAUUCUGAGCAUCAAUCUCAAGUCUCUCUUGGUUCUGGAUUGUAUUACCGGAGAUACAUGCAUCCCUGGUAAAUUGAAUAUUAUUUUUCUUUUAUAGGUUUCAGUACAAAGGAUGGGUUUAAAACACAGGGAUGACAUGCAUCCCAUGUAAGUUUAUCCAGUCCCUGGAGAAAUAACAAACAGUUAUAUAUUUCAUGAACAAUGAUAAACUGUUUUUGAUAUAAAAAACUGAUAUAUUUAUAUACUCAAAAUAUCUGUCAAAACUAAUCAAUUGCAUUAACUUCCCUGCGUAGCAAUUUAAAAUAAAAGGCACAACUGCAUAAACAUGCUUCUCCUUUUCUUGCACUUUAAGUUGAUACAUCACCCCAUUGUCUCUGCGGAGAGAAUACAAUUGCUUAUGUAGGGAUCCAUUAAUGACCUAUGCUCUGCAGGGAGGCCCACAGUAUUGCUUAGUAAAGCAAAAGGUGUUCAAAUUGUGCCCAGUUCUAAAUUGGUAACUGCUUUUGCUUAUAUAUAAUGUUGACUCAAUUAUUUUAUGGACAUGCUUUAUAAAUAUAUAUAUUUUUGAACAUUCUCUCUUAUUUGAAAAUGUCAAGUCACGCUAUGUUUUUCAUGCAUUGUUGGCUGUGAGACAUAAAGCUUUUUUAAACUAAUUUGUUAGCCUGAUUUUUAAGACUGUUAAAUAUUACACCGAAAUAUACUGGAUUACUAUAUAGCCUAUUAUUAUUUGUUGUGCAAGUUUCAUUAUAGUGCUUUUAAAAUCGUUAAAUCCUGCCUAAAUAUAUAUAUACAUUUUUUUUCUUAUAUAUGUAAAAAGCAGAUAAAAUUUUUAUCUUGCAAUAUUUAUUGGACUAACAGAAUUUUUUAAUGACAAGCUUUUCAGGAGAACCUCCCUUUCUCAAGUCCGAAGCAUUUCUGAGCAAGACGACACAUAGAAUUCAAAGUUGAGUUGUGAUACAGGAUUUAAAGUGACAUGAGUGCAGAUAAGACACAGGUUUCACAACUCAAAUUUGAAUUCUAUGUGUCAUCUUGCUCAGAAAUACUUCAGGUUCUCCCGAAAGCUUGUCAUUAAAAAAAACUAUGUUGGUCCAAUAAAAAAGGUAUUACAAGAUACAAAUUCUAUCUGAUUUUUACUUCUACAUCACUGGGCUAAUACGGCUACAAUCUUUACUUGAACUAUAUGUGUGUUUAUAUAUAUAUAUAUAUAUAUAUAUUUAGAUUUUUUUUUAUUAUUAUUUAUUUAUUUGUCAUUUAGGUUUUCAUUUGCUAAUGACAUAGCACAAGGUAUGGCAUAUCUCCAUCAACAUAAAAUGUACUAUCCACGUCUUAAAUCUACAAACUGUGUCAUUGACGAUCGCUGGGUUUGUAAAAUUACAGGUAGGAAAAUAUUAUGGAUAAUUUAAUAACACUGAAGAAAUAUCCCAAGAUUGAUUAUUUCAGUUUUUCUAGUUUUAUGUACAUCAUGUAGCCUUCAAUCUUUCACAAUUAAGGAUUAUUUUUUGUUUGCAUUUUAUGUUUCUUAAUGUGAAUAUCUACAUCACAAUAAUUAUUAGACUUGUGCACAAUGGAAAAGUUCAGAAUAUUUUUUUUCCCAAAAUUGCAUUUUUGCUCAGGUUCAUGUAAUUGUUCAUGUAAUUAUUAUAAAAAUUCAAAUAUUAUGUAUAUAUUUUGCAGUACACUAAAUUUUUUUGACAUUUGGGUAACCAGUUAAAUGAGAAAAAGUAACCAAUAGAGGGACAAAAGUAAGAGCGGUAAAACAUCUAUAGGUAUAUAGUAUAUAUUUAUAAAAAAAAUAUAUAAUAUAUAAAUUUAUUUUUUUGUUUUACUGUUCCUGCUUUUUCCCUCUAUUGAUCAUUUCUAACUUGAUCUACAAAUAAAAUUAUAAUUUAGUGGCUAUCCUUUAGCCAUCAAUGAUGUUAUUCCCAUUAAACAUUACUUUUUCAAUAACGCACACAAAUAUAUGAAUUUAUAAAAAAAGAGUUGAGAGUCAAUUAAUAUAUAUGCAAAAAAGAAAAAUGUAUUUAUAAUACAAAUUAUGUACACCAAUUCCUGGGUAAUAUGCGAAUCACCGUAUUAAUUUGAUGAUAUCCUUCAUGAAUUCAUUGAUUUUACAGACUUCAUCGUAUACACAUCCCAGAGUAUGUACAGUUAUUUACAGUCUAUGUACACAAUAUAUAUAAAAUAUAUAUAUAAAUAGAGUUCGAUAGUUCAUGUGGAUCCACUGCUAAAUAGUUCUCUAUGUUUAGAAAAAUGUAUAUACAUCACAGAAAAAAAGUGGGAAAAAAAUAAUGAAAAAAAGGAAAAAUAUAAAAAAGAGAUAAAUAUGGAAAAAAGGAAAAGGAAAAAAUGAGAAAAACUUGAUAAUUGAAUAUUCAAUGUAUAUACAGAAAAAAAGAAAAAGAGUUCUUUGGAUCUCACCAAUUGAGAAUUGCAAUCCCAAACUUCCAAUAAUCCAAUAGUAGUAGGAUGUCCAAUAGUUGUUAAAUAAGGUGUAACACCAGAGUCCCUUGAUCUGCAAACCGGGAAAUCAGGGUAGACUCCUACACUGGGUAUGUCCAAUAUCAGAACUCCUUGUUGCUAGGCUGUGCUGGGCAUGUAUUGCUUCUUGGCUGCUCUCACUCAUGUCCUGCUCAAUAUGUGACUGCUGGGCUGCGCGCUCAGGACGAUCCAGUCCCUUCAAUGGCCCCUAUUUCUUAGUGCAGAAGGUAGAACUAGAACUAUUAAACCAAAUGAACAGGUUCAGCCAUAACGUUAAUUGUUUGCUUAUAUGUCCUUAUGGUGCUCCAGAGAUAUGGAAUUCAGCAGAACAGCUGAUCAGCCAAAUUUGGCAAAUUGCAAUACAGCUGAAUCGCAACGCACAAGUGUAAUAUUUAUAUAAUUGUGUGGAAUGAUGUAUAAAGGUAUUAUGGAAAUAUACUUUAAUAUGCACCAAAGCAUUAAGUGCUCAAAAACUAGAGACUAGGGGGAGAUUUAUCAAAGCUAAGCAGGUGCUAUUCUGGGGCAAAGUGCUAAUUAAGGAGCAAUCACCAUGGAAACAAAUAGAAUGCCGCUCAACAAUUAGCACUUUGCACCCGGGAUAGCACCUGUUUUUUUCUGUUUUUAAAUCUCUCUCAAGAUAUUUUAAACAGUUUGUUUUUGCUGCUUUGUAUAUUCUCAGUGUCUCUCUAAGUGAGAAGAGUAAUUCAGGCAUUGGCAAACAAUUUGUUCAUUCUUGAGUGGUAACUAUCCAUAGUGGAAAGCUUUUGUCUGUCCUUGAUAAUUGUUCCCCAACCCUAUUUUCACAUUGCUCCUGAAUUCUUUCUGUACAUUUUUAAUUUAAUUUUAGUCAGAAACUGAAGUAUAAACAGCUGUUUAAUAAAAAGCUAACACAAAACCAAAAUGAACUCAAGGACAGGGUACGAAAGUAAGAAAUUUAAAAAGAUAGAAAGAAUAUUACAAAAAGAAAGACAACAUUACAAUCUUAACCAACUUCAUUGAACUGCAGAUACACCUGUACCCAGGGACGUAUUAGCCGCGAGGCAAACAAGGAAUUUGCCUGGGGCUGCAUUUUCCAGGGGGCAGCAAAAAAAGCCGCCCCAAAUACCUGGGCAAAUGCCUUGUUAGCCUUGAGGCUAACAGUCCAGGCCGGCGGUCGGGCGGCGCUGGCGAGGGAGCACACAGUCAGUGUGUGUCUAACACAGUAAAGGAGUUUAAGCAUGCGUGGGAUAGGCAUAAGGCUAUCCUAACUAUAAGAUAAGGCUAGGGACUAAUGAAAGUAUUUAGAAAAUUGGGCAGACUAGAUGGGCCGAAUGGUUCUUAUCUGCCAUCACAUCCUAUGUUUCUAUGUUUCUAUGUUUCACUUUCCCGAGAGCUGUCUGCUAGGCUCCCUCGCGCACCGCCCGCAGAGUGAUGCCGGGAGCCGGAAUAUGAUGUCAUAUUCCGGCUCCCGGCAUCACUCUGCGGCGCAUGAGGGAGCUGAGCAGAGAGCUCAGGGGAAAGUGCUCCCUUAGCCAGCGCCACCUGACCGACCGCCCAGCAGCCACUGGACCCCCAGGGGUGUGUUAAUGUGAGUAAGUGUGUGUCUGACUGUGUGUGUCUGUUAGUGUGUGUGUGUCUGUUAGUGUGUGUAUGUGUCUGUUAGUGUGUGUGUGUCUGACUGUGUGUGUAUGUUAGUGUGUGUGUAUGUUAGUGAGUGAGUGUGUCUGUUAGUGAGUGUUAUUGUGUGUGUGUGUGUGUGUCUGACUGUGUGUGUCUGUUAAUGUGUGUAUGUUAGUGAGUGUGUGUGUCUGUUAGUGAGUGUCUGUUAGUGAGUGUUAGUGUGUGUGUCUGACUGUGUGUGUCUGUUAGUGUAUGUGUCUGUUAGUGUAUGUGUCUGUUAGUGUAUGUGUCUGUUAGUGUGUGUGUCUGACUGUGUGUGUGUGUCUGUUAGUGUGUGUGUGUCUGUUAUAGUGUGUGUGUGUGUCAGUGUGUGUGUGUCAGUGUGUGUGUGUGUCUGUUAGUGUGUGUGUGUCUGACUGUGUGUGUCUGUUAGUGUGUGUGUCUAACUGUGUGUGUGUCUGUUAGUGUGUGUGUGUCUGUUAGUGUGUGUGUCUGACUGUGUGUGUCUGACUGUGUGUGUUUGACUGUGUGUCUGUUAGUGUGUGUGUGUCUGACUGUGUGUCUGUUAGUGAGUGUGUGUUUCUGUUAGCUAGUGUAUACGUAUCUGUCAGUGAAUGUGUGUGUGUGUGUGUGUGUGUGUGUAUUUAGAAGACGGGGCAGGAGGGAAGGGUUUGGUGGGGGCGGCGCGCAGGGUGGAGGGUGUCUGAGUUUUGUCCUGCCUAAAGCAGCACAAAACCAAGAUACACCACUGCCUGUACCCAGAACUGGACUGACUAUAGUGCACACCGAGCAAAUGCCAGGUGGGCUAAUGGUCUUUAAGUAGAUGUGGCUUCAAUAUGUUGCUGCAGUCCAACAAAGUAUUGUACAGUCUGCCACAGCCACAAGAAGCAAUUUAGGAAGAGACCAGCAGAAUCUAGUUUGUUGGUAUCAUCAGAGACAACCUCAGCAGAGAGCCAAAGUAGUUUCCCAGUGUCUGGUCUAGGUGGUGGUGAGUCCGGUGAUUAUAUCACUCUUUUCCCAAUGACUGCAGACAUAGUUUAUUUUAACUCUUGCCCAAGAAGAACUCAACUAUGAGCCAGAGGAAUUACAAGAGCAGAGUCGGGAGAAGGCUGGCUGCAGCUGACUAUUUUCUCCAGCUAGUUUUCACUCUCCUUCUUCAUCUUCACCAUCUUAUCUAAGGCCAUCUCUAUCGGCUUUUGAAUCAACUCAUCCAACGCAGACAGUUGUAACAUCAUCUGCAUCCAGUGCCCCUGUCAUUGGGUUUGGCACCAUCAGGCGACAAUGUCCACUGCCACAAAUGCAAAUCCAUCUGCAUAUUCACCAGCCAAAGGUUAAGGGGUUAAAGCUAGUGUAUUGCACCAAGGUAAAGUUUGGUAUUGCUUUGAGUACCUCCAAGAAGGGUGAUUUGUAAAGUGCACAUUUUUGUUGCAAGGAAGUGAGUAGGAUGGAGAGGGGUGUGUCAUUUCCCUAAUGCCAGUAUGAACCUACAUCUACAAAGACACUACAAGUCUGUAUAACUGAACAGAAAAAGCAGAAAACGAAAGUGCUCAAGCAAGUAGUAGGUUCACUGGUACUGUAUCUGGAUUAGACUGCCUCUAUGGCCCUCAUAUGCAAAAAGGGUGGGUUUUUUUUCUACAUUGGCACAAGUAAACAGAAAUGUUUAACCAAAGGUUAAGCCAUGGAGGUUCCUUGAGCUUUUAGCCAUUCUCAGUGUUGUCAUAUUCUCUGUUUUCCCAGCAGUGCAUUGGUUUCGGAUAUCCUCAAGUUAAAAGGGUAAUCCAGAUGUAGACACUGUGCUUAGAGUAUCAGCUACGCUUCGCUGAUGGGGCCUGAAGACAGCUGGAACAAUUGUUUGGGGCUACUGUGUCUUCUGUGCAGUUUGAACUUGCCAACAUUUUGGAUCUGGAUUGCCCUUAUGGACGGGAUAAGUCUGACAUACAAAUUGUUGGGGUUCUCUCUGUAAUGGCAUACACAACGUGAGCGUUGUGUGGGCACAGCUCUAAAAUGUAUGGGUGGGAAUCAUGACUGGCUUGGAAUGUAAUGACUGCUUAGAUUGUGAUCUCUGAGACUACAGACCAGACAUGACAACACUAAUAAAAGUGAUCAGGAGGGUGGACUGACAUGCGCCAAAAAUGGAGAGAAUAAAGUGUACAACCACUGAAGAACAUUGAACAGCACUUGGCUUAUCCCAAGUGCAACAAUAUAAAGUGCUACUUACAAGAUCAUCAGCAGAACAUGCCAAAAUGAUGGCAGCACCACAAGAAGAUGAUAUAUAUGAGGCUCUAUGCAUGGUUUCAGAAAAAAUACAAGCCCAGAUAACAUUAGCAACAUUAAAGCUAUGUUGUACUGCCUCCCAAAAGCUAUGUUGCACUGCCUCCCAAACUAAACAAGACCUUACUGAGAUGCUACAGAAAGCAAAAAUACCAUCAAAGAGGAUUUAGAUAAAGUAAGGAGUGAUGUAAGACAACUGGGCAUGCAAGUGACUGACUUAGAAUAGGAGAAAAAGAGACCACCCUGACAGAGGUACUUCACCUUCAACAAGUAGUACAUAACCUAGCCCAACACAUAGUACACCUGCAUUGAUAUGUAAAAGAUAUUGAUAUAUGUUCCAGGUGAAACAACUUCUGAAUUAGGGAGGUGCCAGAAGUAGAAGGCACAAAAAACAUCAUAUAGAACCUUACCAUUAUUAACCUUUAACAGGUCACAUGGAGCUAUGCAUCCCAAAGCAUCCACCCCAGCAUCUCACAGAGAUAUCAUCUGCUGCCUUUAUUACUAUGCUUUUAAGGAAGACGUGUUUUGCAAAGUACGGAACUUACCUCCUAUACAAUAUAACAAUCCUACUAUCUCUAUUUAUCAAGACCUCUCAUGGUCCACUUUGCAAGCAAGAAAAAUAUUAAAACAGAUAGAAGCUAUCACAGCUAAAGGCCUUAAAUAUUAUUGGAGAUACCCUUUCAGCCUCACAGUCCAUCACCAAGGACAAUUGUUCUCUAUUCAAAAGCUCCCAUUUCUCAGUUAUCCUUAAACUGGCACCCCACGAUUUAUCCCACUAUACACACUUGGAAGAAUUUGAAGUCUCACUUUUACAUCCUUUAACUCAUAAUCCACUGGUACUUUCAGGCAGAUCUAAACUGUUCCACAAGCCAUCUACUGAUGGCUCAUAUUUUAUGCUCAGACAAUUUUUAGCUGGAUCCAAUCUAAUCUCGCCACAAGAGUUAUUACAAGGCGAAAAACCAUCAUUGUUAGAUUGAGGUGGCCACGGAUUACCAAUCCCCUAACCACUCCAGAAUAAAGAAAAAUUACCAUAUCUACCCUAAUAUUCAGGAGGGGGGGGGGGCAAUUAAACAAAUAACUGUUGGAAAAAAAUUAUAUUUAAUAUCAUAAGUAUUCUUUACUCUAAUUUUUUUUUAUCUUCAGCCACACAAAAGACCAAAUUAAAAUCCACAAUUCCAAACAUAACUGUUUAAAAUAAAAAUAAAAAAGGCUAGGUUCCCCAAAAAAAUACACAGCCGGAAAAAAUGAAAACUGCUCAGAAAUAAUAAAUAACCUAUCUUCACCCACGGAUGGCUUGACGCAGAUUAAUUUCGGACGAUGGGGAAAACCCUUAUAUAGGCUUUCCCAAGCUUUCUUAGCUACUGCAAAGCAUGUGUAUUUUACAAUAUGACCAGGAGCUCUUGGAUUGGCUGGAUAGUAAGCCAGCCAAUCAGAGCUAUCUGACCGCCAAGUCUCAAGAAAAGUCAAACAUUAGGUCCUCCCACUUUAAUAUGAAAAUUAGGGACAUUAGCAGGGGCACUAGGUCCCUUUAUUAUUAAUAUUAGUGGUGGGGCCUAAGGGGGAAUUUGGUCCUUCCCAGUGACCUUACCCAGUUCAUGGGUAAGGGCAUGGGGAGGACAAUGGAUGCCUGACAUGGACUGGGCAUUGGGAAAACUGGACAAAUGCCAUGGACCAAGGUCGACAGAUGAGAUCAAAAGAUAUCCCCGACAGGCCUAUGCAGAGCCGACGCUAUCCAAGCGCCGAUUUUGUGGCUUCACAAGCUAGUGGGUAGAUCAAAGAUCUUUCUGGCCCAAAGGCACUUCAUUUCAAGAGAAUGAGGGGAGAGUAGCACACGGGAGGCUGAUUAUUACUUCCACAAGCUGACAGUUCAGACAGUGCCAGAGCUUGCAAGAUGAGCUGCAGACUACUGUCGCUCGCCACUACCAGACCACACACAAUAUAGACCCAUUACCACCCGAACAGUUACACACUGCAUCUCUCACACACACUCUGUGCCUCACACACAUGCACACUCCAAAUACUGCACCCCUAAUAUGCACUGCACCCCUCUUACAAACUACACCCCUCACACACUACAUCCCCCAUAGACACUACAUCCCACACUGCACCACCUAUGCAAACAUACACUGCAUCCCCUGUGUACACACUAGAUCCCCUGUACAGAAACACAUAUUAUAUUCCCUAAAUACACACCCUCUACAGCCCCUACACACACACAAUGCAUACAUAAGGAUUGCAGGUGUGGGCAUAUGAAGGUACAAACCUCCAUUAUGGUAGUAUGGAGAUCUUAUUGAGCCCAUAGGAUUUUCAUUUAUUUAUUUAAUUUUAAAGUUUUUUUUUAAUGUGGCAGCUAUUUAGCAAGCAAUGGCUAGCCACCACAUAAUUAACCCUCACACUACCGAGGUUUUUUUUAAUUGUGUGCUUGUAGUUGGCACAGGCAAAUCAUUGCAAAUCAUUGCAAAAAGCAAGUGAAUUAUAAUUUGUGAACAUCCUGCCAAAUGCAUUUGGUUUAUUUUUGGUCGUUAUUUGGUCGUUGAUAAAUAUACUAUACUUCUGCUUUAUAUUGGUUCGCAUGUGGUUCUAUUAUUACUUAACCUCUUAAGGACCAAACUUAUGGAAUAAAAGGGAAUCAUGACAUGUCACACAUGUCAUGUGUCCUUAAGGGGUUAAAGGGACACUAUAGUCACCAAAACAACUUUAACUUAAUGAAGCAGUUUUGGUAUAUAGAUCAUGCACCUGCAGUCCCACUGCUCAAUUCUCUGCCAUUUAGGAAUUAAAUCACUUUGUUUAUGCUGCCCAAGUCACACAUCCCUGCAUGUGACCUGCACAGCCUUCCUAAACACUUCCUGUAUAGAGUCAUCUAAUGUUUAUACUUCCUUUAUUGCAAAUUCUGUUUAAUUUAGAAUUUCAUAGCUCUGUUAAUAGCUUGCUAUACCCCACAGGAGCCUCCUGUAUGUGAUUAAAGUUCAAUUUAGAGAGCAGAUUACACAGUUUUAAAGCAAGUUACGAUCUAAUUGAAAGUGAAACAAUUUUUCCAUGCAGGCUGUGUGAGUAACAGCAAGGGAAGGUGUGGCUAGGACUGCAUAAACAGAGACAAAAGUGAUUUAACUUCUAAAUGGCAGCGAAUUGAGCAGUAAAACUUCAGAGGCAUGAUCUUUACACAAAAACUGCUUCAUUAAGUUAAAGUUGUUUUGGUGACUAUAGUGUCCCUCUAAUUAGGAACGAAUGUUACCAAAUUGGUCAGAGCAACCAAAUCCUGACCGCAUUUGGCUUUAGAAAAUAUGCAAAUUGCAAAUGUGGUUAUAGUUUAGCAAUUUUCACUGGAUUAUAGUGUUUAGUGAAUAACCCUGUAAAAUCUGUUCAAAUAUUUUUCUUUGCUCCUUGGAGAGGGCUUAAAGAAAGAGUUAAGAUUAAUUUGACCCUCUGUGUCUUCUAAUGAAAUUAAAUGUUUUAAAAUAAAUGUUUUAAAAUGGGGAUUAAAAAAUAAAAUAAAAUAAUCAAAUAAAAAGCUCUUUAACAUAAACUGACCCUAGACUUUCUACUUUCAGAUUAUGGUUUAGAUUCUUACCGCAAGUUUGAUUCCUGUGAUAAUUCUAAGACCUAUCACAAUCUCCUCAAUGAAGUGUAUUUGCCUCCUGAGGGACAGACCAUAUCCAGCCCAGAAAAUUCUACAGCAGCUGAUAUGUAUCGGUAAUAUAUGAGUUGUAGUGUUUAUGGAGCAAAUAAAGCCAUAAUUUCUUUUAUUAUAGAGCUUUCUAUUGUAUUAGAAUAUAGACUUCAUUUUAUUACACCUUUGUGUCUACCCAAUGUAUUGAGUAACAUUAGCUUUGCAAAGAUUUUGAGAAAGUGCUACUAUUUAACCUGCCACUGGAUAAUGAAUUCUGUAGUAGUUAAUAUCCUGUUGAUGAUGAAAUUGUGUCUUUAUUAGUAUUUACUACUUAAAAAAAUAUUCUUAUAUUUCUACUAAAUUUAUUAAAACCAUUUAAAAUGCAGUCAAAACACAAAUCAUAGAUCAUGUAUUUUCUUCCUGCUACACACUUAUGAUACCAGUGGGAAACACUCAUAUACUGUUAUUAUGUUACAAGCAUUUCUAGAAAAAGAAUAUAUAAUAUUUAAAACAUAUUUUGUUUUUGCAGCUAUGCCAUUAUUUUACUUGAAAUAGCAACAAGAAGUGAUCCUUUUCCGGUAAGGAUUUUAAAAAAAAUUUAUAUAAGCAAAAUGUAUUUUUCUAUCUUGUGUUGCAUUUAUAUUUAAUGCAAAUGUAGUGGUUUAAUUAUACUUAAAAUGAGAAAACAAAAUCAGGCUAUAAGCUGCUUUUUAAAUACUAUUCCAGUAUGUCAAUCAUAUUUUGUUAGAAUUAAGUGUUUGUCUUGUACAAAGCUGCAGAAUAUGUUGGCGCUGUAUAAAUGAUUGAAAUUGUAAGUGAAUACUAGUUACCUCAAUUUCUCACAUUCUCACAUCAAAUCCAAGCCACCAGAAAGCAGAAUACAAGUCACACAGUGCACCAUACAUAUAAUUUUAAUAUUUUAAAUAAGAGCGGAUUUCUAAUUGAGGAGCAGCAAGUAAGCACUGAGGUUUUAUUAGACAUACACCUAAAAUAUAUGGGCAAAAGUAUUGGGAAACCUGACCAGUAUACCAACAGGGACUUUUAUGACAUUGCAUUCUAAAUUCAUAGACAUUAAUAUGUAGUUGGUCUGUAACAGCUUCCACUCAUCUGGGAAGGCUUUCCACAAGAUUUUGGAGUGUUUCUGUGGGAAUAUUUGCCAAUUCAUCUAGUUGAACAUUUGUGAGGUCAGGCACUAUUGUUGAACAAGAAGACCCGGCUCACCAUCCGUGUGGGCCAGUCAAGUUCUUCUACACCAAACUCAUCCAACCAUAGCUUUGUGCACUGGGACACAGUCAUGCUAGAAUAGAAAAGAGCCUUCCCCAAACUUUUUCCCCAAAGUUGGAAUCAAAGUAUUGUCCGAAAUGUCUUGGCAUGCUUAAGCAUUAAGAUUUCCCUUUACUGGAAGUAAGGAUCCCAGCCCAACCCCUAAAAAUAGCCCAUAACAUUAUCCCUCCUCCACCAAACUUUACAGUAGGCACAAUACAGUCAAAAAGGUAAUGUUCUUCAUACUCCAACCCAGACUCACCGAAGCGUGAUUCAUCACACCACAAAACGCGUUUCCAUUGCCCUGGGUCCAGUGGUGGUGUGCUUUACACCACUUGAUCCAAUGCGUGGCAUUGUACUUGGUAAUGUGAGGCUUGCAUGCAGCUGAUCAACCAUUGUGAUAAUAAUGCCAGUGGAAGUUUGGCAUUUUUUUGCCUUAAUAAAUCUGCCCUUGUUUUUCUUGAAUUGAGUGCAGUGAUACAUUGUCUGUAGAUGUGACAUUCUUCGUAACUGAGUGGUACUAUAACAAAUCACUUUGUAACAGCUUACACCAAGGGCAAUCAAACAUUUUGUUGCACGUUUCAGGAGUUAUAUAAAACAUUGCUAUUCACCCAAUUCAUCCUCAUUCAUAGGUUCGAUUUUCAUUUUGCAGUCGGCUUAUUAUAAUGGGUUAAUUCCAUUUAGCUCAACUCCAGCAUACAUUUAAUUUUAGAAAUUACCUGUACAAUAAAAAAACAAAAACCAUGAAGCACAGUUGUACCUAGGGCUAUUUCUAUUUUAUUUUUAACAUCUAUUUGAUAAAUAAAUCACAAUUUAUUUUUGAAGUUGAGCAAUAGAAUUUGAAACUACCUAUUAAAAUGUAAUCUGGGGCAAUUGGGUUUGAGGAGGAAUUUGAUUUUACAGGUACUUGAAUGGGAAAUAGUAAUAUUUUGUUCCAAGAGGGACUGCUAAGCCCUUUCGUAGUAUUUCAAGAACCCAGCAGGCCCAUUUGUAAAGAAAUCUUUUGUGCCAUAAUCAUAUUCCAGAGUAACCAAAAUGCAUCAUAAAAAUAUUCUGCGUACUAGAACACAUAAAUAUAUUGUUUUUAGGAAGCACCAACCUUCAGUCUAUUUCCAUAUGUGUGUCAAAUCCAACCCAGGUUUCCAACAGGCAAGGCAGUUUCUAAAUAUAAAAGCAAAACACACUGUUUGUUAGAUAAACAGAGCUGAGUGUCGUAGUGAUAUGCGAGAUCACAUAAUUCAGGAAAACACAGAAGAGAUUGAGUGAUGACACUCAAAAGUACAACAAAGUCAUAACUUCCACAUCAGAUGAACUAAUAAUAGACAGCCUAGGGAUGUUCUCGGAACAGUGUUAUAGAGAGUAUACAGCAUUCAGUCACAUGGGAAACAAUUGAAGCAUUUGGCUUAAGAGGAUUUAAGUUUAGAUUGGGGAUAUAUUUUGCUUUGUAGAAAGAUCAAAAGAACACUGUGUAAUAAGUAAUCAUGGCAAUACUGUAGUAGUAAGAGGAGUUGAAAUAGUGUCCGAUCACCAACUUAAAGAUGCAGCGUCUUUUUAAGACUGUAUGUGCAGGGAUUUUCGGAUCAAUGGUUAUAUCUAAUCAAAUUUGUAUUCUCUUAUCAAUAAUGUUGUAACAUGGUAUGAGGUGAAAUUGACAAACAGAGAUAUUGAAUACCAGAAGUUCUUUCAAAUUUUGUAUGUUUUUUUUUUUUUUUAUAGAUAAGCCUGGUUAGUCAUGAAUCUUCUUAUCUUACAAAACCUUAAACAGCAGCAUACGUAUCCAUUGAUGGAAUUUCUGUUCUUUGCUAUGUGUUCAUAUUUCUCUUCUUGCAGCCGACACAAUUCUCUUUGUAUAAUGUUGUAUGGGUUUCAAGUAUAGCGUGGCAUCUAGCUAUGUUUCCACUUUCAUAUCUCGCUCCUCGAGCCCUCUGUGUUAACUCACUAUUUUGUUCCAAAAUGCACAUCUUUGAGCAAUUAUUUCACUUUCUUAUUUAGUUAUUCACAUAACUGGUUCACAUCUUUACAAAAAGGAUUAGUCACUAAAAUUAGUAUUGUUGGGAAUCGAAAGUGAAUAAAAUGUGAAUAAAAACAAAAUUGAGGUCCCAGUAGCUGAAUUGGAAACAUAGCUGACUUCGAGUCCAGCUAGUUUUUGCCUUAAAGUUGAAAUACUGGUGCCUGCAUAUUUUGUGGAAGUAGAACAUUGAGUAAGCCAAUGAGGAAAAAAAUAAAUUAUGUGGGUAUACAAUUUUUAGCCUUCUGUUUCCUCAUGGCCUAAACCCACCUUAUUAAUUUAUUUAUUUUUCAAUGCAUUUAGAUUUAAUGUGUAAAAUGUAUUCAUAUCCAAGACCAGUUUGCAUAGGGAGAAAAGUGCAUAGCAGUUAACAAACUCUUCUUAAACACUGACAAAACUGUCACAAUGAUCUUUGGAACUGUACCUAAAUUACAUAAACUCACUGGUGUACAUACCGCGGUAUGUACUCCAGUGCGGCCACGGCCGCAUUUUGCCAGGCUCUUCUCCUGGGGGGCCCAAGAGCUGGCCACCUCGGGGCCCCGCAGCUGGCCGUGGAGUUACUUUGCGGGCGGGCGCAUUCUCCUCUGCGCUCUCUCUGCCCAUCUCCCUCGCAUGCACCACAGUGUUCCCGGAGCAGGAAUAUGAUGUGGCGCGCGAGGGAGCUGAACUGGAGGAUCAGUGCUCCCUCGCCGCCUGCAGUGACCGGUCGCCCAGCAGCCCCACUGGACCCCAGGGAAAGCUGGAAUCCCCUCAGCACUCCAAAAAAGGUAGGGAGGCUGGGGGAUUAAACAAAAAAAAUUGUGUGUUAGUGUGUGUGUGUGUUUGUGUAACUUGUGUGUUAGUUUGUGUGUGUCUGUUAUUGAGUGUGUGUCUGCUAGUGUGUGUUAGUGAGUGUGUGUGUUUGUGUUAGUAUGUGUGUGUGUGUCUGUUACUGAGUGUGUUAGUUUGUGUGCGUCUGUUAGUGUGUGUCUGUUAUUCAGUGUGUCUUCUAGUGAGUGUGUUAGUUUUUGUGUGUCAGUGAGUGUGUGUGUGUGUCUGUUACUGAGUGUGUUAGUUGUGUGGUAGUUUGUGUGUGUCUGUUAUGGAGUGUGUGUGUCUGUUAGUGAGUCUGUUUGGUGUCUGUUAGUGAGUGUGUGUUUGUCAGUGAGAGUGUAUGUUUUGUAAGUGAGUGUGUAUGUGUGUCUGUCACUGAGUGUGUGUCUAUCAGUAAAUGUGUGUGUCUGUUAGCUAGUUUGUAUGCGUCUGUUCGUGAGAGUGUGUGUGUUUGUUAGUGAGUGUGUAUGUGGGUCUGUCACUAUGAGUGUGUGUGUAUGUAUGUGUAUCUCUCUGUGUGUCUGCAUGUGUGUGCCUGUAUGUGGGUCUGUAUGUGUAUCUCUUGGUCUGCAUGGGUAUCUGUUUGUCUGUAUGUGUAUCUGAAUGUUUGUCAUUAAAGGACCACUAUAGUGCCAGGAAAACAAACUUGUUUUCCUGGCACUAUAUAGUCCUUGGCCCCCUCCCACUGGGCUGAAGGGGUUAAAACCCUCUCUCCGCCCCGAUCCGCCUCUCUGCUCCGAAUGCAAGAGCCGAGCACGCGUUAAAACCGCCCAUCGGAAACCAUUACUCAAUGCUUUCCUAUUUACGUCCAGCGUCUUCUCACUGGGAUUUUCACAGUGAGAAUCACGGAAGCGUCCCUAGCGGCUGUCAGUGAGACAGCUACUAGAGGUUGUUUUCAGCUGCAGGGUUAAAAUUAGAGGGACCUGGCACCCAGACCACUUCAUUGGUCGUAGGGGGUCACAGCCCUGCGACCCCUGUGACCAGGUGCCUGCCGCCAUGUGUUGCGGCCCUGGCCCACGCAGUGUUAGUGCCGGGGGGGGCAGAUGAGUUUUCGCACUGGGGUCCCAUGGAUCGUGUGUACGCCACUGCAUAAACUACAAAAUCAACAACUGUGUAUCAGAACAAAUUCAAAUAGCACACUGACAGCAAAAAUCUGUCAAAACUCUAUCCAAAACUAGGUGCCCUUUACAGAAACAUAUCCUGCCUAAGCCCUACAGUAAGAAAACAGUGAAAUAAAUGCUAAUGGCGUUCAUUGAUUAUGCAGAUGUAGUGUAUGCACCUGCAUCGCAAACCCACCUCCGAUCCAGUACUAGCACGAUAUUUAGCAUACCGCAAUACAAAAAUAAAGUAGCAAGAUACUCACUCCUUUUCCUACAGAGCACCGCAAUUAUGGAAUAACCUAGAGGACACAGUCAAAUCUUCAUUCAAUCUUAAAUCUAGAGAUCUAAGGCAAUAUACCUAAAUACAGAAUGCACCUGUCAUGGUUAAAUAUAUUUAUUACCUGUUAUGUGUUAAAUUUAUAAAUGUGUGUGUGUGUGUAUAUGUAUGUGUGUAUAUAUAUAUAUAUAUAUAUAUAUAUAUAUAUAUAUUUACACAUUGUUUGUAUAUUGCAUCUUUGUAAUAUUGUAUCCUGUUGUAACAAUACAAUGUUUUGUGGACUCAGGACAUACUUGAAAACGAGAGAAAUCUCAAUGUAUGCAUCCUGGUAAAAUAUUUUAUAAAUAAAUAAAUACAAAAAAAUAUUAAUUCAUUGUUUAUGUGAUAACCCCAAUAUCCUAGUUCGUUUUUAAUUGUUUUACAUAUAGUUUUCAUAAUUACAAACUGACAUUCUCGUCAGUUGAUGCUAUUUACUGCGUUUAUAACAGGCAUGGCUGUAUAGUUGCUUAUCAAGAUCUAGUGACUAAGACAUUAUAUUUUUAAUCCCUUGUGUGGUGUGGUAACAUUUUGGAUCACUGUUACAUUUCCUGGCUAACAAUGGCAGCAUUGCAUUUGAAUUAGCUCUCUCCACAGUCGGCAAGGUCAGGAAUUAAACAAUUAACUGGUUAACUGAAUAUUUCAGGAAAGUAGGACUAAUAGAAGAGAAUAUUUCAGAUCAGGACAGCAAGAUACUUUCAGUCCACUUCCUCUAAUAAAGGUACAUUAAGAAGAAAACCUAUACUACAUUCAACAUUUUCUGAAGGCGCACAGGCAUGGACAUGAUUAGUAAGAAGUCAACUUCAAGGCUUCUUUCCUGCCUGGGCUUAAAGCAUAACAGAUUAUUGUGCACUAUCUAUAAUAAUAUAUGGAUAUGUAAUAUGGAUACGUAAUAAAGCUCAAGAAUCUUCCUGCAAAAUACAUCUUCAAGAAAUCAACAGUCUCAUCAGCAAGCAUCAAAUGCAUCAUUUAAGAAGUACCAAUAUCAGAAAGAUUCACACUCUAUUGUCCUUCUAACUCCAAGGGAAGUAAUACUCAAUGUAAAGGCAAUCAAUCCAUUAUUGAACAACUAUGUAUUUCAAGAUGGAGAUUAUUGUAACCAUUGUUCACUCAGGAGGUUGGAUCAUAUCAAACAAUCUAAUAGAUGGGGAUCCCCAUCCGUCCUUGAUACUUUAAGAUCCUUUGAUUUUGGGGGUUAGGUAAACACUUUCAGUUCAUAGGUUUAACAUUCAGGUUAAGACUCGCACUCAUGACCUUAUUCAACUUCCUGAAGAAUCACGAUAUAUUAGUGUUCCAAUAUUUAGACUAUAUAUUUAUGAUUGCACAGUAUAUCAGAAAGAAGUUUGUCUCACAUAAUCAGUAAUCCAGAUAUAUUUAAAAAAAAGAUUUAUUUAAGUCUAUCACAUGAAUCCAAGUCACAAUAUCACUAUUAUCAAGAAGACCAUGUCCCAUUGGAAAGUAAACAGAAAAAGCCGAAACGAAGAUACAGUGUAUUAUAAACCUCUGUCAUCUAUUAGAAAAAGGAGUUCACAAGCCUGCUACUUUACGCCUUCCGUAGGGAUAAUGAGAAGAAUCAAUUGGUAUGUGUCAAAUGGAAGAGAGCCUGGGACCAAAAUAUGAUUCCUAAAAAGGAAACUUCAGUCAAAUCUGCAAGAACUGAGAGCAGAAAUGAAAAAUCCACAAUUGUUCCAAGGCAAGUUGGAUUAUUUCGAGGUAGUGAUCCAGGCAGAUGCAGACAUUACUAAAAUUGACUUAAUGACAACUAAAAAUAGCAUGCAAGCCUUGCUUCCUUUUGUGAUGGUGGAUACCUGUUUUCGCCCAUAUUGUAACAACUCAAACGCUUAAAAAGAAGUGUAUCAUUGCCGUUAUCCUAAUUAGGCCAUGAAAGUAUUGGUUCUCACCUUUCCAACAAAUUUGUCUGAAACAGCCUCAUGAUGCUUAUUAUAAAAAACAUAUUACCUUGCGAAAGGAAUAUAAGGAUAUUUUCCACAUCAGAGCAAUUCUCAGCCAGUUCUUUCAUUUCUACCCAAAGUGGCAAUUAAAUAGCAUAUUCAACAAGAAGUGGUGUUUCCUACUUUAUUCCAAAAAUGUAUCCAAAUAAUGUUAAAUGGUAUAAAUUGGAUGCCAAACAUUGACUUUUUAAAUAUUUAGAGUCUCAAAUUACUUUUACAAGUUUGAGAUGCUGGAUCUUGUUGGAUAUUACUAAAGCAAGCAAAUCAAAGACUCGUCAAUAAAAUAUAUAAAACUAUUGUGCAUGUAAAAAUGGAAUUGGCUAUACCUUGAGCAAGGGUUUUUCUAGGACAAAAUCAUGAUCAUCGCUAACAAUCUUUAUUAAACACUACAAAAUGAAUUUGACAUUCUAGGUGGACAUAUGCUUUUUUAAGCAGUUUUUUCCUAAUGAUAAAUAUUUUAUUUUUUUACCAAUAUUUUCAUGUUGGGGCAGCAAGGAAGGUAAAUCCAGCUCUGUGAUUUUAAUCAAUUGUUUUAUUCCUUUCCUUGCUUAUUGUGGGAGCAGAACUAACUCAAAAGUAAUAUUGCCUUGGCUAAUAGACAGGAAAAGAUAAUUAUGGCAAUAAUGUGAAAUAUAUUUUUCUUAUUAUUGGUCAGAUCUGAAAUCUAAUAAACAUAGUAAAAAAAUAUGUUAGUAACACUUCUAUGUCUCUGUUUUUCCUUUUAUAUUUAACUGUAGAAAGAGGACUCUGAGUACUGCUGCCUGCCUUUGUCAGAGUUAAUCAAAGAGAAAUCAGAAAAUGGCUGCCCAUGUCCAUCAGAAUAUGUAGAUGUAAGUUACAAAUAGAGAAGGGUGAAAAAACCUUCAGAUAAAAAAUAAAUUAAUAAAACUGAAAUAUAAAAGUAAAAAAGGUUCACCCUAAACAUACAUUUGAAAUAUUGUUAAGAAAUUCAAAAUGCUCUAGACAUUGGUGUAUGUUCACUAAACUGUGAAUGAUGGUGACAAAAUAGCUAAAAUGGAAAAAAAACUGGAUUGGAGAAUGUUUCCGAUCCAGAUAUUAUGGCUUAAAUUUUGCAAUUCAGUUUUCCAUUCACCUCAAUGUACUGUACAGUAAAUUUACCAGAACUCACUAGUGUUUAACUGUUUGGGUGACAAUGCUUUUUCAGUGGGUGCCCACUGCCCACUGGUUGGAAGAGGCUUAGCAGUGGAUUACCGAUGAAAAGAAAAAGACAAAAAAGCACUCCCACAGGCAACUUUGACUAACCCUUAGGAAGCCUGAACUUGAUGUAACUAUAUUGCUCUUGAUUGAACUGCACAUAAUAAAUUAUGUGUUAGCAGCACUAACUUAAUCAGUGCAACGGAGAAACCUUUGAUACUGCAAAGGUUCAAAUUAAUGAGUUGUUUUGAAUAUGCUUUGUUAAAUAUAUUUAUAUUCUAGUUUUAAAAUGAGAAACUGAAGCAAUUUAUCAAUUGAAGGAUGAGUUGCCAAGCUAAUGCAAUAUACAUAUAUUUGGUCUUUGUAAAAACAAAUGUCAAUAACCACUGCCAUAACUGAUGAAUUAUCGUUGAGGAGUACAUGCACAAUUGACAUGUGGAUGGGCCUCCUCCAUUCUGAGACAAUUUAGGGUUUUGUCCCAACAUCUCCUUUUAUCUGUGUUAGGGUUAUUUGUGUAAUUUGGUGGCCAUGCACUACAAUCCCAGGCGAUCUAUCAUAAAGGAAAAAAUGCUUUAAGCGUAAAGACUCAAGAUUAGAUAUGGCAUUAUACCUCUGCAUUCAGUAAAUGAGUACAUGCUCCGAGUGAUGUUAAAUAGGCAUUCCCACUUAAAGGUACCAAACUAGGAGGAGCUAUGUACUAAACGGCACCCUAAUUUGGUAUUUUUAAAUAGACAAUACCACAUAAGGGUGCCAAAUUAGCGAGCCAUUUACUGAAAGAGCAAGAAUAAGCAAAAACGAUUUUCUAAAAUCUGCUCUUUUAGUUGCAUUGUAGAUAAGUUCCUAAUUUGUUACCCUUAAUUAUGGAAAGCCCAUAUAAGGAAAGGAAACUAAAUUAUAGAGCUUUCCACUACUCAUCUGAAAGAGGAAAACUAAGAAAAGCCCUUUUUCUUAAAUGUGGUCUUUUAGUUACUUUUUUGAUAAGCCCCUAAUUUGGUACGAUUAAUUAUGGCAAUCCCACAUAAUAUAAGUCCCUAAUUUGCUAUCCUUAUGAAAACAAAUGGAUCCAAACAUCUUUAGAACAAUUUAUUCAAAACAUUUUUAUUUACGAUAAUUUUGGAUACUGCCAAAUUCUGAAGUUUCUGAAUCCCCAGAUUUAGCAGAAAUGUGGAUCACAUUUGACUUGUCCGAUAUUAAAUGCACAUAUCUAGUAAGCUCCACAGGACACAACAGAUCCAGAUCAAACCUUAAAAAAAAAAUGUAUAUUAUCAAACACAUAUCACCCAUAUGUCCCUUUUUUUUCUAUGUCACUCACUAUUGUUAGUGUUUAACAGAACUCCAUAGCAAUAAUACUCACAGUAGCGUGUCUUAAAACAAAUAAAUGUGUUUAGAAAUGAGUCUGUGUAAAUACAAUACAUUGUUCUUGUUCUAUAUUAUAAUUUAGUUGCAUAUAUUGUUAUUAGUAAAAUUACCUAAAAUUUCUCAUACUACCCCUGCCCCUGGUCACCCCCCCGCACACACCCCUAUAAUUGAAGUGUCCCUCUUUGGUCGUUUGAAAUGUUGGAAGGUACGCUUACAUGUAUAUUUAAAAAGAUGUCUUGCACACUGUGCACUGUGACUUAUGUGCUUACUAUUAUGUUGUAAUUUAGUUCAAUUUUUAUUGUAAGAUUUCAUGAAGAUCUAGAUCAACGUAACCAAAUAUUUAAAAAGUUGAAAGUAAAAGCAAUACAUAAUGAAGGGACAAUACUUUUCAGGCACAGAUCAUCAGACCGACCUCAGAUAUCCUCAGAAAGCACCGUCUGUAUAAUACCUAGAUCACUUUAUGCUAGUGUAUUAAGAUAAUCCAAGGUGACUCGUCUCACAUAUAUCACAGCAGGCAGUUCACAAACUACUCAUGGAUAUUGUAAUAUAUCUGUUCUUUGCUGGUAUUCAUGCAAUCUUACCACGGAAAAGGCCCGGAUUUACGCUUUAUUUAAUUUCUCCUGCAGCUUAUCAGAAAGUGUCGAAGCCAAAACCCAGCUCACAGGCCUACAUUUGAGCAGGUUAAGAAACAACUGCACAAGAUGAAUCCUAACAAAGUCAGUCCUGUGGAUGUGAUGAUGACACUGGUAAGACUGAAUGCUUUCCCUUUGGAUAUCUUGUAAUUCUGAGAAACGAAAACAUAUCUGCAUAAGCAUCAGUGGGCUAAUGCACAAUUUGCUUUUUUCCAUUUCAGCUAUUUUUGCUUUAAAUUUGAAAAUCACUUUGAAUUCUCACUUUAGUGACUAGCCCUGUAAAUGUAUUUCAUGAAUUUUCAUGACUGUCCAUCAUGACACUUCCAAUUAUUUACAACCCUAUGCAAACCACAAAUCCAAAAUUACCACAGACACCUUCAUUGCAAGGUAGGCCUUGCCUGUUUUAUUAAUUUAAGAGAUUAAACAAGCAGAACACUACAAAAUACAAAUGAAAAAACUAAAGCAUUAAUGAUGUAUUCUAUUUCUUCUUCUAUAAGAAACAAAGCCAAGAGGAGGAGGGUGUGUAAACCAGCAACAAUGUAUUGUUUUGCAGAACCAAUGUUUAUGGUCAGUAAAACCAAUACCCUAUCUCUUGCAUCCUGGUGAUGGAAGGGGGACUGUCGCUUAACCUUAAUUCUAUAUUUACUUAGGCCAUAUAUCUAGCACAUAUGUAUUUGCGAGUUGUGAAAAAUAGAAUUAAUUGUAGAAAUACACACUUCUUUAUCCUGCAACUGGGUGCCUCCAUCUUGGCUUCCUGUUGAUCAGUGUCAUAAGCAUACAGUGGAGAGGAAAAGUAAAACAGUGUUUCUGUCUUUCCUCCUCACAUGCAAUGCUUGCCCAGUCUGUGCCUGGAAUGAACUGGAUUGUGAUGUUAUUUGUUAAAUCAUUAAAGGGACACUAUAGUCACCAAAAUAACUUUAGCUUAGUGAAGUAGUUUUGGUAUAUAGAUCAAGUAUACAUGUGACUUAUACAGUUUUCCUAAACACUUCCUGUAAAGAGUCAUCUAAUGUUUACACUUUACUAUAAUCUUUUAAAGUAAGUUACAUUUGAUAGAAAAUUAAACCAUUUUUGUCAUGCAUGUUGUGUCAGUCACAGCAAGGGAAGGUGUGGCUAGGGCUGCAUAAACAGGAACAAAAGUGAAUUUACACCUAAAUGGCAGAGAAUUGAGCAGUGAAACUUCAGAGGCAUAAUCAAUACACCAAAACUACUUCAUUAACCUAAAGUUGUUUUGGUGACUUUAGUGUCCCUUUAAUAUAAACUUAAAAGAAAACUAAGCACUAUGGGAAAAAUGGUUGACAUGUUAUAGGUGAUUUUCUAUGAUUCAUUCAAUGGUGGAAUUUCCAUAGAAUUGACAAUUCUUUAACACACACACAUAAAGCAGUAAUGCCCCAUAUUCCCUAAUUGGUGCGAUUUAUUUUAUUUUUCAGGUGAUUCAUACCAUAGCUAAUAGGACUCAAUUACUGUUAGAAAGUCACAUUGCAGAGUUCAAAUGAUCUUUGCUGAAUGAUACACUUCAGCUUCACAAGCCAUCAGAGUAUUCCCAUUACCAGCUCAUAUAGGCUACAGUCUUUCUUUUAAUGCUUUUAAAAUGCUACUUUCCUACUUACGGUGCAGCUUUUCAAAAAAGCUGCAAUGCUUCUCCAUUUUCUGAGUAUACUCCAUAGGUUAUGAUGCACAAAGAUUAAUUGUCACUUUCUUAACCUCUGCCUGCAGGGAUUCUUCUAAAAAGCCUUUGUCAACUUCAACAUAUUCCAAACAAUGCUGUUUCCCUAAUCACCACUGAUGCUCUUUUUGAAUUCAGCUGUUAGAAAGAGACAAUAAUUCUCACAUUAAUCAAAUUCUAUCACUGAAAGAAAAUGCCAUCAUGAUUAUAUGGAUUGAAAUUAAGUAAUAUAAAUAUAAUUUAUUUGGUUUUUUUUUAGAUGGAAAAAUAUAGCAAACAUCUGGAACUAUUGGUAGCAGAACGCACACAAGAUCUAAUGCAUGAAAAGCAGAAGACGGAUCAAUUAUUAUAUAGUGAGUAAAAUUAAGUUAAAAAAAAAUCUGAUUAAAUGUAAUGAUGCCAAAGUACCCAAGGGACACUCCACCGGCCAAUUAAACAAACAAAAAAAAUAUCUGCAUUGGGGCAUAUAUAGAACAGUUUACAAAAACCAGUGGCGCACUAAGAGAAAUGGCAGCAGAAGGCGCUGGGCAGCCGACAAAGCUCACACACGCAGGGGCCGGUCAGGGAAUACAGCAGGAGUAACUGAACAGAGAAUUAGGGGCAAAGCCAUUCAGAUGCGGGGUGGGGCUACAGGCAGCCUCCACUUGCUGCUCUUACUGCAGCACACUGAGGGGAAGCAGGAAGAAGUCCCUGCUUCCCCAACUACAACACACCAGGGACAUCAGUGACUCCACUCAUCCACCAGUAAGUAAGUGUGUGUGUGUGUGUGUGUGUGUGUAAAACUGUGAUUGCCUGUGACUGUGUGUGACUGUCUGCCUGUGACUGUCUGCCUGUGACUGUCUUCCUGUGACUGUGUGUGUGACUGUCUACCUGUGACUGUGUCUGUGACUGUCUGCUUGUGACUGUCUGCCUGUGUGUGAUUUUGAAUGUCUGCCUGUGACUGUUUACCUAUGACUGCAUCUGUUACUGUCUGCCUGUGACUGUCUGUUUGUGCCUGUGUGUGUAAAUGUCUGUCUGUGACGGACUACCUGUGACUGUUUGUGACUGUCUGCCUGUGACUGUGUGUGACUGUGUGCAUGUCACUGAGUGUGUGUGACUGUGUGAUGCUGCCUGUAACUGUGUUGCAGUUUGCCUGUAAUUGUGCGUGUGACUGCCUGUAGCUGUGUGCAUGUGACUGUCUGUCUGUAACUGUGUGUGUAACUGUCUGCCUGCAACUGCUUGUGUGUGACUGUGUGUUUGACAGUGUGUGAGUGACUUGAUUUGUCAGUAUAUGUGUCUGGGACUGUGUGCAUGUGGCUGUAUUUGACAGUAUAUGUGUAUAACUGUGUGCAUCUGACUGUGUCUGACUGUCUUCGCUUUGCAGUGAGCCGGCAUGUAACUGUUAGGGACCAGGAACCAGACAGAGACAGAACUAGAUGCAAAACACCUUUAUUAAUAAAUAACAAAUAAAGAAAUAACCAAAAGCAAAGUCCAGGAGGCAAGCAGGGGUCAGUCACCAGAGUGGGUAGUCAGACGAGCCAGGAUCAGGAGAACGGAGAUCAGCGAAGUCAGGAACAAGGCCAGAGUCAGGAACCAGGAACAAACAGGAAACACAGGAACAAGGAGACUUCUGGGGAACAGAAAAGCACGCAAGGGCAAGGAGGUACUGGGAUUUGCUGCUUAAAUAGGCUGCACUGAUUUGCAGCAGGGUUGAUUACUAUUCUCAGGUGAGUAACCGUGGCAACAUAGUGAAGGAGCUGAUCGUUAAUCUCAGCUGAAAGCUCAGACACAAAAAAAGGAAGGAUUGCUGUUAAAAACAGCAAAGAAACCCUGAUAGUACCUCCCCCUCAAUGACUCCCCCAUCUCUGCUGGUGGGUCCAGGCUUCAUGGGGAAGCAGGCGUGAUAGGAACGAAGGAGGGAUGGUGCAUGGACAUCAGAGGCUGGAGCCCAGGAACAUUCCUCUGGACCGUACCCUUUCCAGUGCACCAAGUAUUUAAUCUGUCCUCUGAAGACUCGUGAGUCAAUGAUGCUGCGUAUUUCAUAUUCCUCAUGAUUGUCAACCAGAACAGGACGUGGCACUGAGGUGGUGUAACAUACAAACGGUUUCAAGAGGGAAACAUGGAAUACAUUUGAGAUGCGCAUGCUAGCAGGAAGGUCAAGUGCGUAAGCUACAGGGUUAACCCUUCGAAGUAUACGAAAUGGCCCAAUGUAUCGGGGUGCUAGAUUUUGUGAGGGAACACGGAGCCGUAGGUUGCAAGAAGACAGCCAGACCCUCUCUCCGACCUGAUAGGUAGGUGCAGGAAGGCGUCUGCGGUCGGCCUGGAGUUUGUAGUUCUGCAUUGCAAAGAGUUCUGAACCUGCACCCAAGUGGAACAGAGUUCCCUGAUAUGUUCCUCCAAUGCCGGUAUCCCUUGUGGCAUGAACGUAUCAGGCAACAUGGACGGUUGAAACCCAUAGUUCGCCAAGAACGGGGAUAGCCGAGGACAGGCAUUAAUUGCACUAUUGUGGCCGAACUCCGCCCAGGGUAGUAGAUCAGACCAGUUGUUCUGGUGGUCAGAAAUGUAGCAACGCAGAAACUGUUCCAAGGAUUGGUUAGCUCGUUCUGCAGCACCAUUGGAUUGCCGGUGGUAGGCUGAGGAGAAGGAAAGCUGAAUUCCCAUCUGUGUGCAAAAAGCUCUCCAAACUCUGGACACAAACUGGCUACCCCUAUCUGAGAUUAUUACUUUGAGUAACCUAUGCAAACGAAAGACCUCCCGAGCAAACAUUUUUGCUAGUUCUUGAGAAGUUGGUAGUUUUUUCAAGGGAAUGCAAUGCGACAUCUUAGAAGAUCGGCCAACAACCAUGAGAACGACUGUAUUGCCACUGGAGACCGGAAGAUCUACGAUAAAGUCCAUGGACAAGUGAGUGCAGGGUCGUUCUCCAUUAGGUAUGGUUUGCAGGAGACCCACUGGAGGGUGUCAGGGUUUUUUAUUUUGAGCGCAUACAGGACAGCCAGCUACAAAAGCGGUGACAUCCGAAUGGAGACUAGGCCACCAAAGUUGCCGAGAGACGGACCAGAUUAACUGUUUUUUGCCUGGAUGUCCAGCUGCUUUGGGGUUGUGAUAUGUACUUAAUAAUUUAGUACGGAGAUGAAUGGGUACAAAACAUCGGCCAUUGGGUUUCUCUGGAGGAGCAUUAAUUUGUGCAGCCAGAAUCUCCUCGCCUAGGGGUGAGGUUAGUACGGAUGGUGGCCAGUAUACGGUCCGGAGGAAUCACAGGAGUAGGGGUUAUCUCCUCUCUAGAUGGAGGGGAAAACUGUUGAGACAAGGCAUCAGCCCGAAUGUUUUUAAUACUGGGCAAGUAAGAAACCACAUAAUUGAAUCUUGAUAGGAAGAGAGCCCAUCUAGCUUGCCGGGGGGAAAGCCGCUUAGCUUCGGAAAGAUAUGUAAGAUUCUUGUGGUCUGUGAGGAUGAGAAUUGGCACUGAAGUACCCUCAAGAAGGUGCCUCCAUUCUUUGAGAGCUAAAAUUAUAGCUAGAAAUUCUCUAUCACCAAUCUGGUAAUUGCACUCUGCCGGGUUCAACUUCUUUGAGAAAUACCCACACGGAUAAAAACAGAGUGGAAGAGUCUGCGCUUAAUAACAGAGAAGAAAGCAGCAACCCUAAAAAGGAAAUCCCUCAAGACCCUUGGUAAGAUAGGAAGAAAAAAGAGGAGUUAAGGGCUGCGCUAUUGUACAGAGAACAGUACCAUAAAAUAGAAACCAAUUGGUUGAAGUGUAUAAAUGCAAAACAUGUAUUGUAUGUAAGACCACUGACUCUACACUGCCAUCUAAAAUAAAUGCUAUUCUGCUAUUUUAUUUUAUUUAUUUUAUAUAUGCUUCCAAAUAUCAUAAUUAUGUAUGUCACCUUUUACCAGUAUCCAAUUAUCUUACUAUCUAUGUUUAUUUUUAUGUAUAUCUAUGUCCAUUUUUAUUUAUAUAUUUCAUAUUAUUUGCCUGCAAUAGUACUCUUUGAUUAACCUAUCUGUAAUAUUAUCUUACUACUUUGUAGUCCCAUUUAUAAGGUUCUUUUCUGUAGUUAUUUGGUCCCUUUCCCCUUUCUUAUUCUGUAUCUGCUCUUAGUGGGAGUGGCUGACUAUCGGUAUUUGGAAGUCAGCUCGCUCGCCACCUUCCCCAUGCACACAGCGACCGGCAUGACUACAUCUCCCACAUGCCGGUCAUGUAGUACUGGAGGUUGCAUUACGCGUCCGAGCGACCCGCCCACCAUUCGCUCGCGCAUGCGUACCGCAAUUCCCUAG